CGCGCUGUUCGUACAACUGACGUGCGUCGUUACUGAAUUCCGUUCGUGUCCAUUAAAAUCCACUCUAAACUUGGGGUGUAGGUGCAGUGUGGUGAUGGUGUGUUUAUAGUUAUACAACUGGAUUGUGUAUACCUACAAAGUACCCGUCAGUGAUUCGUGGAAUUUCCACUGAACUUUAGGCGUUCGUCUGGCGAGGAAGGCGAUCGUUUACUCCGGGAGGAAUGAGCCCCGUGAACCACUGCUUCCAUACUCACCGAUGAUCUCAAGAGACAAUGUACAAAGAAACCUUACCUCUUGUGGUAUGGACGCUCUUAGUCAUAACAACAAAUGUAGCGACGCAAAGCCAGUACGGAAUAGGAUUAGGAAUAAAACGAGAAGUAUUUUUCUUAAAUUUAGAAGACGGCUACUUUGGCUGUCAAGUUAACGAAUCGACUCAAAUAUUACAAUUAUACGAAUUAUCAAAGUUAUGUGAUGGCGUACCCGACUGCUAUAAGGCAUCUGAUGAGCUUAGAACCGAAUUGAAGUGUUCAGAUGACUGUACCAAAGAAGAUGGGGCACAGUGUAUAAACGGUGCUUGUCUAAAUGGUGUUUGCUAUUGUAAUGAUGGAUUCGGAGGCUGCAAUUGUCAGGAACAAGAUGUCAACGAAUGUAAAGACCGGCCUUGUGAUGUUUUCGCACAUUGCACGAACACAGUCGGAAGCUUUCAGUGCUCUUGUUUCCCUGGAUAUGUUGGAGACGGAUUCUCUUGCAAAGAUAUCAAUGAAUGUGAAGAUCCAGCCAUAGCAGCGAGAUGCGUGGAAAAUGCGGAAUGUUGCAAUCUUCCUGCUCAUUUCAUAUGUAAAUGCAACCGUGGGUUUGAAGGCGACGGGGAAGAAGAAUGUCGAGAUAUUGAUGAAUGCCGAAGACCUGGUGCUUGCGGUUCAAAUGCCGUUUGUCAAAAUUAUCCCGGAAACUACACAUGCGCCUGUCAAGCUGGCUACACAGGAAAUCCAUUUGAUGGGUGUAUUGACGUCGACGAAUGUGCGAACUCGGAUGCAUGUGGGGCGGGAGCUGUAUGCCGAAAUCUUGUGGGAGGCUACGAAUGCAGUUGCUUACCUGGACACGAAGGGGACCCCAGAGUCGCCUGCACGCCUACGGAUCAAUGUUCUAGAACGUCAUGUGGACGCGGGGCUCUCUGUGAAAACCUUCCAGGAACCUAUCGAUGUGUCUGCCCGCCAGGUUUUGAAGGCGAUCCCAAUGUCAAAUGCAAUGACGUAGAUGAGUGUAAAAAUAGCAAAGCGGUAUGUGGCGCCAAUGCUGUUUGUGCAAACACGGUAGGAAGCUUUGUAUGCAAUUGUUUGCCCGACUACACGGGAGAUGCGCGCGCUUCGGAUGGCUGCAAAGAUGUGGAUGAAUGUGAGGCACUAGAACAUCCCUGCGGAUUACAUGCUAUAUGUGAAAAUGCCUCACCAGGAUAUAACUGUCUUUGCCCUCAAGGGUAUAGUGGUCACCCAGAUCCACAAAUUGCUUGCGAACAGGUGGAUGUUAACACUUUGUGUAAAUCUAAUUUCGACUGCACAAACAAUGCUGAAUGCUUAGAAGAUCAGUGCUUCUGUAAAAUUGGUUUCCAACCGAAAGGAUCAGUCUGUGUGGACAUAGACGAAUGUACAAAUUCUUCGUUAUGUGGGGAUAAUUCGAUUUGUAUUAAUUCCAUUGGAAGUUAUGCUUGCGAAUGUGUAACUGGCUACGUAGGAUCACCACCACAAGUGAAAUGUCGUACUCCGUGUGAAGAUGUGCAGUGUGGAGAUCAUUCAUAUUGUAAGUUCGUUGGGGCCGAUGCGUAUUGUAUGUGCGAUGAGGGGUGGAAUUUCAACCCUAACGACGUAUCUGCCGGAUGUAUCGAUAUUGAUGAAUGUGAUACUGCUAAUGUCGCAACGUCUCACUGUGGUGCUAAUGCACUUUGCUCAAAUAAACCUGGAAGUUUCAUGUGCCAAUGUCCCGAUGGAUUUACUGGUGACCCCUAUAAGAAUUGUUUUGAUAUCAACGAGUGUCAAAUAGAUAAUAGUUGCGGUGCCGGCGCAGAAUGUAUAAAUAAAAAAGGUUCCUAUUCAUGUUCAUGCCCUGAUGGAACAGUCCCAGACCCUGAGCCUCGAGUAAAAUGUUCAGAAAUUCUAACUUGUAAUAAGAGUAAUGAUUGUCCUGGAAAUGCUAUUUGUGAUGUUAAUGCAAAGUGCAUUUGCCCUGAGCCAAACAUUGGAAAUGACUGUCGACAUCCCUGUGAAGCGUUACACUGUGGAAGUAAUUCUGAAUGUCUCUUAAACGAGCAAACUGCCCAAUGUACAUGUCGAAAUGGCUUUAGUGGUGAACCAACAUCAGCGAGUGGUUGUCAAGAUAUAAAUGAGUGUGAAGCUAAUCCCUGUGCCCCUGGAGCCGUGUGUAAAAAUUUACCCGGACAUUUUCAAUGUGAAUGUCCAGGUCAAUUCAAAGGAGAUCCCUAUACUGAAGGCUGUUUCAACAGUAAGCAACCUCAUGCUUGCGGCAAUACAAAUCCAUGUCCGCAGGGUGAGCAAUGUAUAUUAAAUGAUAAUGAAAACGUUUGCAUUUGUGGCCAGGGAUUUUCUCGUAAUGAUGAAACGGGUUUAUGCGAAGAUAUAAACGAAUGCAUUCAAUAUGGCCGCUCGCCUUGUGGUUUAAACGCUAUAUGUAAAAAUUUACCUGGAAGCUAUGAAUGUAGAUGUCCACCUGAAUAUAGUGGAAAUCCAUACAAUUUAUGCGAAGAAUGUAACGAUAUUUCGUGUCAGUGUCAACCUCCAUACAAAAUUGUCGAUGGUAUUUGUGUACUGUCUGGCUGUUCAAAAGAAAAUAAAUGUGGAAAAGGAGCAGAAUGUAUCAUUAUUUCUGAUAAUGUUAGUUACUGUGCAUGUCCAAUCGGUUAUUCUCAAACCAUCGACGGAGCUUGUGAAGAUAUAAACGAGUGCUCUCUUGAUCAGCCUGCAUGUGGAUUUGGUGCAGAAUGCGUUAAUACUGUUGGAUCUUAUGUAUGUAAAUGCCCUCCUGGUUAUGGAAAAGACUCGAUUUCAGGUCAUUGUAGCUUAAACCAAAAGCGCUGUAUAAGCGAUAGCGAUUGCUUCGCCAAUGAAAAGUGUGUCCAGCCCGGAAACUGUGUUUGCCCGCCUCCGUUUUACUUAGAUAUUACAGAUGGGCAAAAAUGUAAAAGCCCCUGUGAAAGGUUUACUUGUGGAAUUAAUGCAAAAUGUACACCAAGUGAUCCACCAAGGUGCAUGUGCAUGUCGGGCUACGAAGGAGACCCUUAUACAGGUUGUACAAACAGGAAUGAAUGCCAAAGCGCCCCCUGCGCUUAUGGCGCAAUAUGCAAUGAUGAACAAGGUGGAUAUAAAUGUAUAUGUCCACAAAAUAUGGUUGGCGAUCCGUACAAAUCUGGAUGUACCGUUGAACAAAUACCGUCACAGAAACUAUUAUGUAGCAAAGACAAUCAAUGCCCUAAUAACUUUGCUUGUCUAAAUCGAACAUGUACUUCACCAUGCCUAAGUGUAUCCUGUGGAUCAAAUGCUUUUUGUGAGGUUGAUAAUCACGCCGCGUGGUGUCGUUGUAAUCCCGGAUACACAAAACCAGAAGGCGGAAAAUGCGUUUCUGGCUGUGAUUCCUAUUCGUGUGCCUCCGGCGCCCACUGCAUUAUUUCAAAAUCCGGUCCAACAUGCGUAUGCCCAGAGGGUACUGUUGGAAAUCCAUUCCCUGGAGGUAUUUGUAGACGGGACUUGUGCGGAGCAGGCAUUCCCUGUGAGGAACCAAUGUCAUGUGUCGCCGGCAGAUGUCGCCAGCGUUGUGAGGAUGUCGUCUGUGGUAUCGGUGCCACUUGUGAUGAAGGAACGGGUCGCUGUAUUUGUAAUGCCUUCUUUGUUGGAAACCCAGACUUACUUUGUAUGCCUCCCGUAGCCCCACCAGCCUGUAAACCGGGUUGUGCCGAGAAUGCCCAUUGCGUUUAUGGACAAAGUAAUGUUUGCAAGUGCAAUAAAGGAUUCACUGGUAAUCCAUAUAAGAACUGUUUACCUCGAAAAGAAAUAACGUGUGCGAAAGCCUCGUGUGGGACGAAUGCAGUAUGUCAGCAGACUAGAUCGCACGUAGAAUGUCUUUGUCCACCAGGAUAUGUUGGUAAUCCUAAUUUACAAUGUAUCGAUAUAGACGAGUGUGGCUCACGCCCGUGCGGGGAAAAUGCGAUAUGUAUCAACACACCUGGAAGUUUCAGUUGUAUAUGCAAAAGUCGGUAUAUUGGUAACCCAUACGAGCUCUGCACUCAAGUAUCAGUAUCAAAAUGUGUAGAUGGUACAGCGUGUACAUGUUCCCGCAAUAGCUCAUGCCCAGAGGGAUAUUUUUGUGAAAAAUCUAGAUGCAUCGACUCCUGCCGCAAUACGCAAUGUGGACCAAAAACUAUAUGCGCAGAAGGAAAAUGCGAAUGCCUUCCAGGUUACAUAGGAAAUCCUAAUAAUCUUCAACAGGGUUGCACUAUUGAUAAAACUUGUUUUACUGAUGGAGAUUGUAAAGACUCUGAAAUUUGUUUACAAUUAGGUAAAGACACGAGAAAGUGUUUAGAUGCUUGUAGUAAACGUCAAUGUGGGCCUAAUUCGAUAUGCGUUAGUUCAAAUCAUCAUGCUCAUUGUAUAUGUGCUGAAGGUUAUGUAGGAAAACCUAAUGAUGUUAAAACUGGAUGUCAAUUACAACAACCCGACCCUAACGAGGUCGAAUGUAAUGUAAAUAGUGAUUGUGCUGAGCCACAAAUUUGUGUGUCAGUAGAUGGUUCAACCAAAAGAUGUCUCGAUCUAUGCUCUACUAUAAUAUGCAGUCCAAAUGAAAUAUGUAAAGUUAUAGAUAAUAGCGCUCGCUGCGACUGCAAAGAAGGUUUUAUAUGGAAUCCCUUGAACUCCAUGUGUGAGCAGCCUACAACACCAAAUUGUAAAAAUGAUAACGAUUGUGAUGAUGAUAAAGCAUGUCAAAAAGAUAUUUUGGAUGUUAAAAAGUGUUUAGAUAUAUGCCAAACAUUUACGUGUCCGCAAAAUUCUAGAUGUAUAACAAAAGGUCACAAAAGUCAGUGUCAAUGUUCUCCAGGUUAUGAAGGAAAUCCUAAUGAUCGAAUUGGUUGCACACCAAAUAAUAAAAAUCAAUGUGUUAAUGAUGCGCAAUGUAGAGAAAGUGAAAUCUGUAAGACAAUCAAUACUAUUAAAAAAUGUGUUCCAGCUUGUCAGCAACUAAUUUGUGGACCAAACGCUCUCUGUGUAACUAAUAAUCACGUUGCUAAUUGUCAAUGCCCUCUAGGACCGUAUAUGGGAGAUCCAAAUGACUUAAAGAAUGGAUGUAAACAAGUACCGUGUGUUUAUAAUUUAGAUUGCAUGCCUAAUCAACUAUGUAAUCGUAUGACACAUACUUGUAUUGACGUGUGUGAAGAGGAGUCGUGUGGCGAAAAUGCCGUGUGUAUUGCAGAAAAUCAUAAAUUUACAUGUCGUUGUCCAGCCGGUUACCUAGGAAAUCCGAUACCUGAAGUGAGUUGUAGAAAAGUUGACGUAUGCCAAUCAAAUCCUUGUCAUAAAUCAGCAAUAUGCAAACCAUCAGGAUCCUCCUUCAUUUGCAAAUGUCCUGAUGGAUUAGUAGGUGAUCCGAAAGAAACAGGCUGUGUUGCACAAAAUCGAUGUGCUAAAGGUGACUACGAUUGUCCUACUGACACCGUUUGUUUAAACGGGCGGUGUGUAAACCCAUGUGAAAAUGCAUGUGGAGUUAAUUCAUUGUGUAAAGUUGUUGAGAGAAAAGCAGUUUGCUUGUGUCCUGAAGGAUAUGAACUUAUCCAGGGCUUAAAUGCGUGUAAGAAAAAAUUAAUUAAAUGUGCUGAUGAUUUAGACUGUGACGGUGAUAUUUGUCAUAAUGGCCAAUGUUUCACUGCAUGUAAGAAUUCUACGCAAUGUGAACACGGGGAGUUUUGUAUCAAAAAAUUUUGUAUAAAGGAAUGCACUACGCAUAGUCAAUGUAGUAUUGGAGAGGCGUGUAUUGGUGGUCAGUGCUUGAUUGGAUGCCGCGGUAAUAAUGAUUGUAUCAGCGAAGAAGCUUGUGUUAACAACCAAUGUAUUGAUCCUUGUAUCGGUUCAAGAAUAUGUGGCCCAAAUGCAAUUUGUUCAAGAGUUCAACAUGCCACAACAUGUGAAUGUCCUUUAGGAUUCGAAGGGACACCAACCGCUCAACAAGGUUGUAUUAGAAAACCAAAUUCAUGUUCUAAAACUUUAGAUUGUCCGCCAGAUCACAUGUGCAUUGGAUAUUUUUGUCAGGUACCAUGCCAAAUGAAUUCUGACUGCGCCAUGGGGGAAACAUGUUUUGAUAAUAAAUGUCAUAAGGUAUGCCACACCAGUAGCAACUGUUUACAUGGUGAACACUGUAAUUCCGGAGUAUGCAUACUUGGUUGCAAGGCAGAUUCAGACUGCAUGACUAAUCAAAUGUGUAAAGAAACAAAAUGCCAAUGUUUAGCAGGAUUCAAAAUGACACAGAAUGAAUGUAUAAAUGACAACGAAUGCGUCAAUAAUCCAUGUCACCCCACAGCCCAGUGUAUAGAUGAUAUCGGUUCUUUUAAAUGUGUCUGUCCUACGGGUGCCAUAGGAGACCCUUACAAAUCAGGAUGUUUAUUGCCCAAUCAAUGUAGACGCGAUAAUCAAUGCGAAGAUUCACUUGUCUGUUUCCGAGGAAAGUGCACAAAUCCAUGUGAAAGAAAUGACCCAUGUGGAACGAAUGCUAUUUGCACAGUAAAUAUGCAUAAAGUUACAUGUAAUUGCAAAAAAGGACAUCUGGGCAAUGCAUUCGAUAAACGAGUCGGCUGUUUUAGGGUCGAAUGUGUGGAUGACACUGAAUGUCCAAAUGAUAAAUUUUGCCGAUUAGAAAGUAACAAAUGUUCAGAUCAAUGUGAUGAAACAAUUUGUCAAGGUGGCAGCUGUAAAAUUAUAAACCAUAAAGCAUUUUGCACUUGUUCAUCUGGUUUUGAAUUAAACAAUUCCAAAUGUGAAGACAUAAAUGAGUGCCUUACACACCCGUGUCCAUUGAAUGCAAUUUGUGAAAAUAUACCUGGGUCAUAUAUUUGUACAUGUGUAAAUGGAACUGUUCUGGAUAUCAACACAAAACACUGUAAAAAACCCGGAGACUGCUUUACUGACGAAGAUUGUUCAGAAAUUACAAAAUGUAAAAAAAAUCAAUGUACAAAUCCCUGUGACACUUCUCCUUGUGGUGAUAAUACUGACUGUUACGUAUUAAAGCAUGAACCUGCGUGCGAAUGUCAAACGGGUAGUCAUGGCGAUCCAUAUAAGGGGUGUGUAAAAUUCGAAUGUGUAAAAGAUGCCGAUUGUUCCUCAGAAGAAGCCUGUGUAAAUAACAAAUGUAAAAACUCAUGUAGCAUACCACGUGCAUGUGGUAGAAAUGCAAAUUGCUUCUCUAGAAACCACAUUGGCCACUGUUUCUGUGCUUCUGGAUUCACAGGCGAUCCUGUUUUAGGAUGUGUUCCAGUACAGUAUUGUAACGAUGAUAGCAGAUGCUCAUCGGGGACUAAAUGUAUAGAGAAUUUGUGCCUGGGUUUGUGCAAGAAUUCAAGGGAUUGCCUUAACGAUCAAGUCUGUAUCCAAGAUACAUGUAGACUAACGUGCACAACAAAUGAUACGUGCCUUGACUCAUACUAUUGCUCUAAUAGAAUUUGUAUAAAAGAAAUAAAAUGUACUACCAAUGAUGACUGUUCUGAUGAUGAACAGUGCUCUGAAGACAAAAACGGAAUACCCCAAUGUUCUAAAUUAUGUAACAAUCAACCAUGUGGCAGAAAUGCUCUCUGUAUUGCUGCUUCCCAUAAGGCAUCCUGCUCAUGUAAAGAUGGAUAUUUUGGUGAUCCGGUUCAAGGUUGUAAAAAAAUUGAGUGUGGUCAGGAUAGUGACUGUUCAGAUGAUAAAUUUUGCGAAAAAAAUAUGUGUAAAAUUGCGUGUUUGUCUCAAAACAAAUGUGGAGAGAAUACUGUAUGUUCUUCAGAAAAACAUCAAGCCCUCUGUUACUGUCAAUCUGGCUAUACUGGUAAUCCAUCUACGGGUUGUCGACAAAUAAAUUUCUGUACAUCAAACCCUUGUGGCGAUGGAGCACAAUGCAACAAUACUAGAAGUGGAGCCCAAUGUGUUUGUCCUCAAGGAACGGUAGGCGAUCCUUAUGAAAAAGGGUGUCAAAAAGGCUCUGAAUGUAGAUUUAACAAGGAUUGUCCCACGGUUGCACGUUGCACCGUUAUUGAUGGAAUAAGAAAAUGCACAGAUGCUUGUGAUAAUAUGAAAUGUGGACCUAAUACUGAGUGUCUUGCGGCGAGACAUUCUGGCCAAUGUAAAUGUAAAACUGGCUUUACUGGAAAUCCUUCAAGUGAAAAAGGCUGUCGACCCCAUGAAAUUUCUUGUAAUGCAAAAGACGAUUGUCCUAAAAAUCAAUAUUGUCACGACAAAGUAUGUCAAGCUUUAUGUUUACUUGAUGAAGAAUGUCAAAUGCAAGAAAAAUGUAUUAACGGCCAAUGUUUAGAUCCCUGUAAAAUGGAAAAUACUUGUGGUUUGAAUGCUUUAUGCAGAACUGAUAAUCACGUUGUACAAUGUAGUUGUCCGUACAGAUUUACUGGAAAUCAAGACGUUGAAUGCGUGAGAAUACCAAGAUUGUGUGGUGGAUCUGGAGAAUGCGAAGAUGGGCAUUAUUGUCAAGAUUCAAUGUGUGUACCUAAAUGUACGGUGGACGAAGAGUGCGCAAUGAAUGAACGUUGCUCCAAAGGAGCUUGUUUGCUGACUUGUCGGGUAGACAACGACUGUUUCCUCGGACAUAUAUGUCUUGCAAAUAGCUGUCAUUACGGAUGCAGACAAGAGGAUGACUGUGGACCCGAUGAAUUUUGUAGAAACAAUUACUGCCAAAAUCCUUGUGCGAAUGAGGUGAACCCUUGUGGACCUAACACGCGAUGUACGGCGGUAGAUCGCAAAGCCGUAUGCUCAUGUCUUGAUAACUUAAUACCAAAUCCAACACCUAACGUUGGAUGCGUACGAACCCCUUCACCCACUUGCAAAAUGCAUUCCGAUUGCGCAUCAGGAUGGAGAUGUGAAGAUGACCGAUGUAGGCCAGCUUGUACGCCCGACGGGACAGAUUGUCUUCAAGGAGAACGUUGUGAUUUAGGCGUUUGCCGAUUCGCUUGCACCACUGAUGACCACUGCUCCGAUGAAGAAAUUUGCGACGGCAGAUUUUGUAUAACGGGAUGUAAAUCUGACUCCCAAUGUUCAAACGACAAAGCUUGUAUAUCUGGACAAUGUAAGGAUCCUUGCACCGAACCAGCCACGUGUGGUGCCAACGCACUUUGUUUAGCAAAUAAUCACCAACCGGUUUGCACCUGCUCUACAACUUUGACUGGAGAUCCAAAGGUUGCUUGUAGAAGAAUAUCUAUGCCUUGUGAUAUGGACAAAAACUGUGGUGAUGGAUUUAGUUGCUACGGAAAUAUUUGUUAUCCGUCGUGUAGAAGUGAUACCAUUUGCAUGUCAAAUGAAAAGUGUAUACGUGGCAUAUGCAGAGUGGUUUGUAAUAGUGAUGACGUAUGUAGUGAUGGCCAUAUUUGUGAAAACAGAAUAUGCAAACAAGGCUGUCGCCACGAUAAAGCUUGUAGUGAUGGACAGGCUUGUUUUAACGGGCAAUGUAAAGAUCCCUGCAAGGAAGGCAAUAGUUGUGGCACAUGCGCUGAUUGUAAAGUCAUCAAUCAUAGACCUCAAUGUAGCUGUUCAAGCAAUUAUACCGGAAAUCCUCUCGUAGAAUGCAAAAGAAAACAGUUACAAUGUGAUGGAUUUUGUCCUUGCGAUGAUAGCGGUUUUUGCAUUUCACUUUGUGACAAUAACUCCGAUUGUAAUUGUGAUGAAAAAUGUCACAAUGGCGGAUGCAGGGUUAUGUGCUCGUUGCGCAAUAAAUGCCCGCAGAGACAGAUAUGUUCUCAAGGAGUAUGCUUACCGGGCUGUAAUAGUAACAGGGACUGUGGAGACGACAUGGUGUGCUCAUCUAAGCAAUGUGUCCCCGUUUGUCGUGAAAAUUCUUGUGGAAAAAAUGCUUUGUGUUCUUCGGCACGACAUCGUCCCAUUUGCAGUUGUCCCAGUGGGUUUUCUGGAGAUCCUAUUAAGGAGUGUAAAAUCUUUGAAUGCUCUAACGACGAUGAAUGCGCUUUGGAUGAGGAAUGUAAUUUAGAAGGUAAAUGUAAAAAUGUGUGUAUACAUGCUUGCGGGACAAACGCAAUAUGUAGAUCUGUGAAUAGAAGUCCACAGUGUACUUGUCCUCCAAACUUUAUUGGUAACCCAAAGCUUGAAUGUGCAAAACCGACUGGGGGUACUUGUUCUCGAAACCCUUGUGGAGUUAACGCUCGUUGCCGUGAUAUGGAAGAUGGAAGUUACGAGUGCACCUGCCCUCCAGGCUGUGCGGGUAAUCCACAACAUCAAUGUUUCUGCGGCACUAUGAUGCCGUGUGCUGCUAAAGUUUGCGGAACCAAUGCACAGUGUCGAAUUGGACAAAAUCGAGAGACACAGUGCUAUUGUCCACGCAAUUAUCCAAACGGAGACCCAAAUAUAGAAUGUACUCAAGAACGCAGUAUUGUUGAUUGCCGUACGACUGGAUGUGGUGUUAAUGGAGAAUGCUUACGAGAAGGGGCAGACUUUGUAUGCCGAUGUGUUCCCGGUACGGAAGGCCAAGCUGAUAUAGAAUGUCACACCAGUAUCGAAUGUACGAGUGACAAGGACUGUCCUGUCGACAAGGCGUGCCUCAGUUUACACUGCGUGGACCCAUGCACAGUACGCGGUGUAUGUGGGGAGGAUGCCCUGUGUGUUCCCGUCAUGCAUAGAGCGCAAUGCUCCUGUCCACAAUGCUACGUCGGACAACCCAGACUAUCAUGCCGGCUGGACCCCACCUGCAAACCUACUUCGGAUAUAAAUAAUACAUUCACAUGCUCUGAUACCAAGCCCUGUCCGUCAAAGCUAGCUUGCGACUUAGUUACGAAUUAUUGCCGCAACCCUUGCUCCGACUAUCACAGCUGUCGACCGAAUCAAAAAUGUGAAGUACGUGAUCAUCAGCCAGUAUGUGUUUGUCGAAAUGGCUUCGCGUUAAACGAAAGGGGUGAAUUGACUUGUGCUCCGGAACACGCAGAAUGCACUAGAGACGAACAAUGCCCUUCUAAUGCACUUUGCAAAGAUAAUAAAUGUGUGAAUCCAUGUUUGGCAUCUAGAGAAUCAAUGUGUCCAAAAGGAAAACAAUGUGAAGUUGUGGAGCACAAAAUUAUGUGCAUGUGCAUUGAGGAUUGCCAUCCAUCAGUAUCGAUCUGCCUAAGAGACACCGGUUGUCCUCAAAACCUUGCGUGUCGAGAUUUUCAAUGCAAAGAUCCUUGCAAAGGUGCAUGCGGAGAUGCCCCUUGUUCUGUAGAAGAUCAUCACCCCGUUUGCAAGUUCUGUCCCGCUGGUUUUAUACAUGAUGAAAAACAUGGCUGUAUUAAAGCGUUAGGAUGCAGUGCCCAUGAGCAAUGUGCUUCGGGACUCGCAUGCAUUGAAGGCCGCUGCUCUGACCCAUGCGCACAAGGUGGUCCAUGCGCUAGUGGACAUCAUUGUGCAGUCGUUGAUCACCAACCUGUAUGCUCUAAAGUAUGCCAAUGUCAAACAUCGUCAGACUGCGUAAGGCAUCCUAAUACUAAUUGUGAUGGAUGUGUUUGUAUUCGUGAUGAAAAGAUAACAACGAAUUGCGCACACUGCCGCCCAGGAGUACCCUGUGAUCCGUUCUCUGGAGCGUGCAUGGAAAAUGCUCGGCCUAUACAUGUCCCACUAACCGAAAAAAACUCCGACACUACCACAGAUCAGUUUUCAACGAGUGAAACAACUACUAAUACUUUAGAAUUAACUGGUUUGACCUCAAAAUCCCCAUACAGUACCGUUAUGACUUAUGACAUUACAGAGACUAAUGAUAUAACAGAUACAACUUAUGUAGUAACGGAAACAACUAUUCCAGAGAAACGUUCGACCACAUCUCUUACGGAAAAUUUCUUUGAUUCAAGUACAACGUUAAGUCAAGAAUUGGGUAGUUCAAUAACCUCACCACCUUCAGAAAAUCAAGAAUUCAUAGGCAGUGGUGAGGUGGUUGUUACUAAAAGUCAGAAUUCAACAACUGGAAAACCUUACUUAAAACGUAAUGAAACUAGCGGCACUCAUAAACGUGUUAAUGAAAAUAGAAAUACAAAAACUCCAGAAAAUCGACGAAAUCUACAAAAUACGUAUGAUUCAAAUUUCAAAACUGCAGUUACAAAUCCUAUAAAUAUAACUACAAAACAUCCUAAUAAUGAAACACUUCGAAAUAAUUUAUCAACAGAGAAAACUUACAGUAUAGAAAGAGGAGAUCAAACUGUUGAAAUACCAGAUAUAUAUAUCACAACGCAAAAUUUGCAAGAAGCUGAUGAUAGCAGUACCUCUGAGAUCGUUACAAUAAAACAAAGUAACAAAGAACAAUUAGUGACAUCAUCUGAGUAUUCACUAGGCAUAAAAAGUACCCACUUUACAACUUUAACAGAGGAUAGUGAAACCACAAUAACUAAUACAUCACCUGAAAUAUAUACUUCUAAUUCAAUAGGGACAAUUACAGUAACUGAAAUAAACUACAGCAUUACGUCACUUCCCGGAGAAGAAAGUGUUGAUAAAGAAGUAGAAAAUAAAGCCACAUCUUUAGUUACUGAUGCCUCGAAAGUACUGAAUACAGCAAAAUCGGAUGAUUAUGAUGACAUUAACUAUACUACAAGUCUACAAUCAAAUGACAAGCGAACUAAUCAGGUAGACGUGGAAUCUAGUACAGUCACCACAUACUUUGAUACAGAUAAAUUAAAUGUAAAUAGCCAAGAUAAUAUAAAGGUAACAACAUCUCUAAGUGAUCAGAUGGAAAUACAUACAAUGGAAAGUUUAUAUACAAAAAAUGAAAAUGACGUACCUAUUUACAACACAGAAAAAUACAUGUAUAGUACUCAAAAUGUAUUGACAACUCUUGAAACAUCUUCUAAGGAAGGUUCUAACGAAGUGACUGGUCAAUUUGACUUCAUAAAUACCGAUGCAGAAGAAAUGACAGAUACAAAUUCAAUGACAACAUCAAAUGUAGGAACUGAGGAUAAAAUUUUAAGUACCACUACUACAAAGAAAAUCGAUAGUACUAUUCAAGAUAUUAAGUAUACAAAUAAAGAUUCUACUUCAUAUAUUCCUGUCGAAAAUAAACAUAAAACACAUAUAAGUACUUUAGAUAACUUUGAAAACGUUAAUACUUUUGUUGUGUCUACUGAUAGUGCAAAUCAACUUGAAUUAGAACAUACAGAGAGUUUUCGAGAAGUGGAAUCAAGCACAACUGCCUCAAAUGAUUUAAUUAUAUCAAAAACCAGUCCAGAUCAGAAUCACUACACAACAUCAGAAACGACAGAAUACAAAAUAUUACUUGAGGGGACAAAUAAAAAUGAACAUAUGUUUACCACGGUUUCAACAGUUUAUGAUUCAAAAAAUAUACCAUCUGACACGUUAAUGGAAAAAUAUGAUGAAUACACAACUAGAAAAAGCACUGACGUUGAUAUUAAAUUCACUACUGAUUCUAUGACUGAUGUUACAUCAUCAAAUUAUAAAGAUGUAUCAGAAAUCAGUAUGACAACAAAAAAUAUUGUUGAUGAUUCAAAAAUUAAUUCUACAGAGGCUAGUAUACCUACAAUUGAAUAUAGUAUUAGUUCUGAUUCUACAAUUCCAACAGGCUUAAAAACAACCAUGAGUGUAGAAACAACUACAGAUGGUAGAGAAUUGAAAACUUCGUAUGUGGAAACUGGACACGAUGGUACCACAACAUAUAGUGUUAUAGGAUUUGAUGAGGCGGAUCUUACGAAAAAAGUUCCUAUUGAAAAUAUAGUUUCUACAGAGGCAAUACACAGUAAUUAUGAAUCAAGCACAGAAUUUGCAAGUACAACUAGUAAAAAUUUCGGUGUAAAUGAUGGAAAUGAAAGAAAAGGUACAUUACAGACAACUUAUUCAGACGUUAGUCAAAACGUUUAUAGUGUAGGUAAUAAAGUUAAUAAUCCUGAGACGGAUGAUAUUUCUGAUAUGAAUAGCGUUGAAACAAAUACAGAUUCGUAUGAACUGUAUACAUCAACAAAUAGAUAUAGCGAAAAUAAUGCAUAUUCCACAGAAUAUACACGUGAAAAAUCACAUAGUGAAUUUUUUACAACAACUGCUUCAACUACUUUAGAUACAGAAACAACAGAACUAACUUCUUUAGAUUUUACAUCCUAUGACACAACGAAUAUUGAAGCUAUUGCGACAACACAAAACCAUAUGUUUACAGAAACAACUUCGGUUGUAGCAGAUAUAGGUAAUAAGAAUAAUUAUUUGCCCGAAACCACAGAAUUAACAACCGCUGAAAAUAUUGAACUUUCAACGAGUCUAGUACAUGAAUCGGACUCAGAUAUUCCUUACACUAGUAUAACACAGCUAUCAAAUACCUUCGAAAAAACUUCAACAAAUUCAUAUUUAAAAGAUACUUUUUCUACGGGAAUGGAUAUGGUUGAAAUAACAGAGGAGGAUAUAAAAAAACCAUCGAUUGAGGUUAUUACCACAAUAAAAUCUGAUAUGGCUUCCACAAUUACUGUUGAUGGUGGUACCAAAACUACACAAAUAACACCCAAGGAAUCCAAAAAUUACGUAACCGGUGCUACAUCAACAGAAAAAUCUAAUAUAUUAAAACUUACAACAGAAUCAUUUCAAUCAAUAGAUGCAAAUGCGUCUACUCCAAAAUAUGAAAAUGGAAUCACAGUUUCUCUGGAAACAAUAAACAUUCAAACGACACAAUCAGGCAAGUAUUCUGAGUCGACGCAACAUACAACAGAUGAGGUCACUUCUACCGAUUUCAAAAGUGUUACCUCUAUUACUCUUGAUGAAAUUAGUAAAACUGAAAUGCUCAAAAGCUAUGGGUCUACAUCAACUUCUACCGACAAAUACGACAUAACUACUACUACAAAUAUAGAUACAACUACAGAAAUUUCUGAGGUAAAUAAAGGAAAAAAUAAAUACCCUUCUACAAUAUCAUCAACUUUCAAUGCGUUUUCUGAUAACUUAUCUUCGAGGCAAAAAGACACUGAUAUUUUCGCCUGGACUGAGACUACUUUAUUUACUGAAUCGACACCAACUUACGAUUUUGAUGAUGUGACGACUAAAGUUAAUUGUACAUUUGACUUUGACUGUAAUAUAAACAAAUCUUGUCUAAACGGGGUUUGCCAAAAUCCGUGUGAGGUCCAGAGUCCGUGUAUACAGAAUAAAACCUGUAAUGUUUUCAACCAUGUAGCAGUUUGUGAGUGUAACGACGAGGCCAGGGACAACUGCGUUAGAGAAUCACCUGGGACACCUAAAGCACCAGAACCUUGUCAUUCUGAUCGCGACUGUAUAGAAACUGAAGCCUGUUUUAUGGGACUAUGUCAAAAUCCAUGUGAAUUUGAUAACGUAUGUGGAACUGAAGCUAAUUGCAAUCCCGUAAAACAAAGACCCAUGUGUUCAUGCCCAGCCGGGCAUGAAGGAGAUCCAGCUGUAAAAUGUUCACCUAAAAUAACCGGUUGCACUCGAAAUGAAGAAUGUCUUGUGACGGAGGCUUGUAUAAAUAACGCGUGUCAGCAUCCGUGUGCGAUACACAACCCGUGUGCACCUAACGCCGUCUGUAUAAACACAAAUCAUGGUUCGGAUUGUAGCUGCAUCGAAGGGUUCCAAGGAAACGGAUACGUUGGAUGUGUACCAGUGGUUGAAUCUCGAUCAGUUUGCCAGUAUAAUGAAGAUUGUCCUCCAGAGCUAUUAUGUGAUAGAUUAAACAGGGUGUGUAUUAACCCUUGUGCUGUGAAUACAUGCGGUGAUAAUGCCGAAUGUUACCCUGCGAGUCAUGGUAUUCAAUGCAAAUGCUUAGCUGGUUUUACUGGAAAUCCCUUCUUGGAAUGUUAUCAAGUACAAGGAUGUCGAUCAGACAACGAAUGUCCAAAUACGGAAGCUUGUAUAAAUGGUAAAUGUGAUUCACCGUGCCGCUGCGGAAUCAAUGCCGUUUGCGAUGUAAUAAACCAUCGUGCGUCCUGUAAAUGUUUAGCUGGAUUCUCUGGGAACCCAUCGAUUGGUUGUGAACCACCAACAAACCCAUGUGUUCCAAAUCCAUGUGGUAAUAACGCUUUAUGUGAAAAUGACAAUGGUAAUCCCAUUUGCUUCUGCCCUAAAGGUUUAACUGGAAAUCCAUUCAAAAAUUGUAUUCCCGAAGGAAAUGAAUGUGAACCUAAUCCAUGUGGACCAAAUACAGGAUGCAGGGUGAUAGAAAACAAACCAGCGUGCUUCUGUUUGCCAAACUAUGAGGGAAACCCACCUCGUCAACCAUGCCAACUGCCAAAUAAUCCUUGUAACCCAUCUCCAUGCGGGCCUAAUACACAAUGUACUGUGUUAUCUAACGGGUUUUCAAAAUGCACGUGUCUAUUAGGAUAUGUAGAAAGUCCUAAUACUGUGAGGGGUUGUGUUGAAGCCAGAAAUCCUUGCGAACCUAAUACUUGUGGUGUUGGUGCUCGUUGUGAUGCAAACAGAAUCCCAGCGUGCUAUUGCCCUGAAAAUACUAUCGGUAAUCCUUAUAAAUCAUGUAAUCAUCAAGCUUACUUACCACCAGAAGUAUUAUGUAAACCUGGAAAAUGCGGAAGUAAUGCAGAUUGUUAUGUCAGUAGUAACACUGAAAUGUGCUUUUGCAAAGCAGGAUUCUUCGGCGACCCGUAUAUAGGCUGUCAACCACUACGGAAUCCUUGUAGUCCAAAUCCAUGUGGGCCUCAUGCGAUAUGUAAUAUAAACUAUGAAGGCCAACUCUCCUGUUUAUGUCCAGAAGGCAUUACUGGUGAUCCUUACAGUUUGAAUGGCUGUGUUUCCCGAGAGUGUGAAAUAGACGACGAAUGUCCAUCCAAUAAGGCCUGUAUUGGAUUCACAUGCCGUGAUCCUUGCCCUGGAGUCUGUGGAAUAAAUGCUGGAUGUUCCGUCGAAACUCAUCAUCCCGUCUGCGUUUGUGAAGAUGGUUAUGAAGGAAAUCCCCUUAUUUGUUGCUUACAACCAGAAAGUCAAAAAUCGAAUAGACCUUGCACAAGAACUACGUGUGGCAUUAAUGCAAUAUGCCAAGAUGUUGACGAGAAGGCCAUUUGUGCCUGUCUACCUGACUUCCAUGGUGAUCCUCUGAUAGAAUGUAAACCAGAAUGUAUAAUGAACUCAGAUUGUGCAUCGGGCGAAGCUUGUAUAAAUCAAAAAUGUAUUGACCCAUGUGACCACAACAACAUAUGUGGAAUUAAUGCUGUAUGUCUAUGUUCGGAUCACACGGUGUCGUGCUUGUGCCCGGAGGGAUACAUUGGUGAUCCAUUAAUACAAUGUCUUUACCGACCGAUUAUAAUAACACCUGACAAUACUACAGUACAACCUUGUUCACCAAAUCCUUGCGACCCUAAUUCUUAUUGUGACACAUAUGGUGAUAAAUUUGCAGUGUGCGAUAUAUGUGUUGGACCCAACUCUAUUAACAAUCCUGCUUGUAGACCAGAAUGUCUUUUAAGCUCUGACUGUACGUUUGAUAAGGCUUGUAUUCGAAACAGAUGUGUGGAUCCCUGUGCCGGUUCUUGUGGUCUGAAUGCUGAAUGCACAGUUUAUCACCACGAUCCUAUUUGUCGCUGUAAAUCUGGCUUUGAAGGCAAUCCAUAUGAGGGUUGUAAAGUAAAUACUCAAGUUAUACAACCCAAGCUAUGUGAUAAUAUGCAAUGCGGGCCUAACGCUGUGUGUGAUGAAAUAAAUGGGGUUCUAACAUGCCAAUGUCUCUCUAAUUUCUACGGAAAUCCGUAUAUUUCAUGCAGGCCAGAAUGCGUGGUUAACAGUGAUUGCAGUUCAAAUAAAGCAUGUUUAAAUAACAAAUGCGAAACUCCUUGCAAGGAUAUUUGCGGAAUAGGGGCUCAAUGUGAAACCGUAAACCAUCACGCUGUAUGCUACUGUCCUCCAAAUCUCUCAGGCGAUCCUUAUAUCAGGUGCCAGACACAAGCCAAAAUACCCACUACAUUAUCUAUAUGUGAUCCAUCACCGUGUGGUGCAUACAGUCGUUGCUUGGUCUCAGAAACAGGUUUUGCUAUAUGUUCUUGCCUACCAGGAUUUAGAGGAAUACCGCCAAUGUGUCAACCUGAAUGUGUAAGCAAUUCUGACUGUGAACAACAAGAAACUUGUGUAAACCAAAGAUGUGUUAACCCUUGCCAAGGAAGCUGUGGAGUCGGAUCUAGUUGCAUUGUAGUCAACCAUAAUGUAAUUUGUAGUUGUGGACCCGGAGCAACGGGUGAUCCUUUCGUAGCCUGUACAGCGUUUGUUGAAGGUCCAUCGUCUGAUAAAAAUCCAUGUGUGCCCUCACCUUGUGGACCAAACUCUGUUUGUGAAAUAAGAUCAAACCAUCCAGUAUGUUCUUGCCAGCCAAACUAUUCAGGAACUCCACCUUUCUGUAGACCAGAAUGUGUAAUUAGUCAAGAAUGUUCACCAAAUCAAGCUUGUAUUAAUGAAAAAUGUAGUGACCCAUGUGUGGGCGCUUGUGGAAACAACGCUAAGUGUGACGUUAUUAACCAUACACCAUUGUGUAGUUGUUUAGAAGGCUAUAGGGGCGAUGCAUUUAUAGGAUGUAUUGCAGUAGACAAAGACGAAAACGUAUCGCCAUGCAAUCCAUCACCGUGUGGUGAAAAUACUCUAUGUACCGUUAUUAACAAUGCAGCUCGAUGUUCUUGCAUCCCGCCAAAUAUAGGUAAUCCGUACGCGGGAGGAUGUCGACCAGAAUGUAUUUCAAAUUCAGAUUGUCCUAACCACCUGGCGUGCUUAUCCAGUCAUUGUAGAGAUCCUUGUCGAGAUUUAUGUGGCCUCAAUGCUCAGUGUGUUGUGACUAAUCAUGUACCCGUAUGUACAUGCUUCAAAGGAUAUCAAGGUGAUCCAUUUUCUUCGUGCAGACCAGAAUAUACAACAUCGGUAACAUUCAAUCCAUGCGAACCUUCUAGCUGUGGACCAAACAGUGAAUGCCAUGUAGUAAACAACCGUGCUGCAUGUUCCUGCCGUGUUGGAUAUGUCGGUGCUCCUCCCAACUGUAGACCGGAGUGCGUAGUUAACUCCGACUGCCCUGGUACUAAAGCCUGCAUAAAUAUAAAGUGUAAAGACCCCUGUAUAAACAGCUGCGGACUUGAGGCUCGCUGUCACGUCAUUGGGCACAACCCUAUUUGUACCUGCCCUGAGAACAUGCCCGAAGGCGAUCCGUUUAUUAAAUGUUAUAGAAAGAGUAUUACGGCACCGGCACCAAACCCGUGUCUUCCAUCCCCAUGCGGACCACACUCAACUUGCCGUAGCGAAUUGGGUCGCGCCGUGUGCGCCUGUGAACCUGGAACAUUGGGCGCGCCACCCGCAUGCCGUCCACAGUGUCUCAUCAAUCAAGACUGCCCUCUCGCCCUGGCGUGUCUCAGGGGUACUUGCAUCAAUCCUUGUGUCGGUUCUUGUGGUUUCAACGCCAAAUGUUCCGUACAAAACCACCAACCUCAAUGUUCCUGUGACGAUGGUUAUUCUGGAGAUCCUUUCGCUGGCUGUAGUCCAUUUGAAAUUUCUAAAGAAGUUCCUCGACAACCAUGCAAUCCUUCACCUUGCGGAUCUAAUGCAAUUUGUCGAGAAAGGAAUGGUGCAGGUGCAUGUACAUGUAUAGAUGAAUUUUAUGGGGACCCAUAUCAGGGUUGUAGACCAGAAUGUGUUAUGAAUACUGAUUGUGCUCCGGACAGGUCUUGCUUUAAUAACAAAUGUGUAGAUCCUUGUCCGGGCACAUGUGGGCGAAAUGCUGAAUGUAAAGUGACCAAUCACGCACCUUCAUGUUAUUGCUUGACUGGAUUUUCUGGAAAUCCUCUUCAUGCAUGUAAUCCUAUAAUAACUGUCCAAGAACCUGUCAAUCCUUGCCACCCUUCACCAUGUGGCCCGUAUAGUAAAUGCCGAACUUUUAACGGUCAUGCUGUUUGUACAUGUCUCGAUAUGUGUGUGGGAUCUCCACCAAAUUGUCGGCCUGAAUGUAUUGUGAGUUCGGAUUGUCGACCUGAUAAAGCGUGUGUUAAUCAAAAAUGUCAAGACCCAUGUCCGGGUACUUGCGGUGUAAAUGCAAAUUGCCACGUUGUCAAUCAUAAUCCAGUUUGCAGUUGUUUUAUUGACUAUACUGGUGAUCCAUUUGUGCGAUGUUACUUGGAAGACAAACAUAUGGUGCCAGUCGACAAUUGUCUACCAAGUCCCUGCGGACCAAAUUCUCAGUGUAAAGAUUUAGGUGGAGUACCAGUGUGCUCAUGUUUAAUCAACUACAUUGGACGACCACCAAAUUGUAGACCUGAGUGUACGUUAAAUUCCGAAUGUCCCAGUAACUUAGCAUGUAUAUCUGAAAAGUGCAGCAAUCCAUGUCCGGGCUCAUGCGGCAUACACGCUACGUGUAACGUUGUUAAGCAUAUCCCCAUAUGCACAUGUGAUAAUGAUUACACUGGGGAUCCAUUUUCCGGUUGUUAUUUAACUCCAAUUAUUGAACCACAACUAGAAAGCCCCUGCUCCAGAUCACCUUGUGGUGCUAAUGCCGUGUGUAAAGAGAGACAUGGGGCGGGCUCGUGCUCUUGUCUGCCCGACUAUUAUGGUGAUCCAUACGUAGAAUGUCGACCAGAAUGUGUUCUCAAUUCCGAUUGUCCCAAAGAUAGAGCGUGCAUUAAUAACAAAUGCAAAGAUCCGUGUCCUGGCGUUUGUGGUAUGAAUGCGGAGUGUCGCGUAAAUAACCAUGCACCCUCUUGUGCGUGCUUCUCUGGAUACGAAGGAAAUCCGUUUACUUCCUGUUUUAUCAGCCAAAUAGAUAGAGAGAAAUCCGUCCAGCCGUGCACCCCAUCGCCAUGUGGGCCUAAUAGUAUAUGUCGAGAAAGUCAUGGACACGCCAUUUGUGCGUGCCAGGACGACUUUUUCGGUUCACCCCCUUCUUGCCAUCCCGAAUGUAUGGUUAGCAGUGACUGUAUGCCAAACAAAGCCUGCAUUAACAAAAAAUGCGUAGAUCCAUGUAUCAAUGCCUGCGGAAAAGACGCGAAAUGCAAUGUUGUGAACCAUAAUGCAUUAUGUAGUUGCCCCCGUAACUAUAUUGGUGACCCAUUUAUACAAUGUGUUUAUGGAAAACGUCCUGAACCAAAACCGUCACAGAAUCCAUGUAUUCCUUCCCCAUGUGGGCCAAACUCACAAUGUCGAAUGGUAGGUGAAACACCAGCUUGUUCAUGUAAGGCCGGUUACGUGGGCAGAGCCCCGAAUUGUCGUCCCGAAUGUAUCUAUGACGAAGAAUGUCCUAGCAAUCUUGCUUGUAUUCGCGAAAAAUGUAUGACACCUUGCGAUGGUUCUUGCGGCGCACACACUGAUUGUAUGGUUAUUUCACACAAAGCUGUAUGUAGAUGUCAAGAUAGCUAUACCGGUGACCCUUUUAGUGGUUGUUAUUUUAUUGUGACCGUUGCAAGUGAAUAUGAAAGCCCGUGCGAUCCAUCGCCAUGUGGUCCAAAUGCGUUAUGUACGGAAAAAAAAUCAGCCGGUGCUUGCACAUGUGUCCCUGGUUAUUUUGGAGAUCCAUACAUGGGAUGCCGUCCAGAAUGUGUGACAAAUAACGAUUGCCAUUUUGAUCAAGCUUGUUCCAACAACAAAUGUGUAAAUCCUUGUGAAGGUGCUUGUGGAGUCAACGCAGUUUGUAAUGUAGCACACCAUACCCCCGUAUGCUUAUGUAUCGAUGGUUAUAUGGGAAAUCCUACGGUAUCAUGUUAUCCACAGAAAAAAAUACCCGUUGAAGAAAAUCCGUGUUCACCGUCACCUUGUGGCCCGUAUAGUAAUUGUAAAGUAAUAGACGGACAUGGAGUGUGUUCGUGUCAAGGGGACUAUAUAGGGUCGCCUCCUACGUGUAGGCCAGAAUGCGUGAUAAGUACAGAUUGUCCUCAACACCAAGCCUGCAUUAAACAAAAGUGUAGGGACCCUUGUCCGGGAACAUGUGGAAUUAAUGCGAAAUGCCAAGUUAUAAAUCAUAAUCCUAUCUGUACAUGCAAAGCAGGAUUUACUGGUGAUCCAUUCGUUACUUGCCAACUGGAACCAAAACCUAUUCUUCCGGUGCCUAAGGGAAACCCAUGUGUACCAUCGCCGUGUGGCCCUUAUUCACAAUGUAAAGUAGUUGGAGAAGCGCCUGCAUGUUCAUGCUUACCAAACUAUAUGGGUGUUGCACCAAACUGUAGACCAGAAUGUUCUAUUAAUGCGGAAUGUCCUGGUAAUCUUGCAUGUCAAAACGAAAAGUGUGUAGAUCCAUGUCCGGGAUCAUGUGGCUUUAACGCUGAAUGCACCAUUGCAAAUCAUAUAGCACUCUGCCAUUGUAUCAUUGGAUAUACAGGUGAUCCGUUUAGUGGAUGUUCUAUCAUCGAACAUACUAAAGAGCCACCGCCAAACCCUUGCAAUCCAUCUCCGUGCGGUGCUAAUGCAAUAUGCAAAGAGAGAAACGGCAUUGGUUCAUGCUCCUGCCUUCCUGAAUACUUCGGUGACCCAUACACCGGAUGUCGUCCUGAAUGUGUUUCGAAUUCAGAUUGUGACCGAAACAAGGCGUGUUCAAAUAACAGAUGUAGAGAUCCAUGCCCCGGUGCCUGUGGAAUCAAUGCAGAAUGUAGAACUGUAAAUCACGCCCCAACUUGCACCUGUCUUACAGGAUACACAGGAAAUCCACUAACAAAUUGUGAAGUACAACUAGUAUCAGAAAGAGACGAACCACAACUCAACCCGUGCCAGCCAUCACCGUGUGGACCUAAUAGUUUGUGUCGGGAAGUCAACGGUCAUAGCGUCUGCACUUGUGAAACGGGAUACAUCGGAACGCCACCUACUUGUCGCCCUGAAUGUAUUGUUAGUUCAGAAUGUCCACAAGACAAAGCAUGUGUUAAUAAGAAAUGUUUAGAUCCUUGUCCAAAUACUUGUGGGCUGAAUGCACGCUGUCAAGUUGUAACACACAAUCCAAUAUGCAGUUGCACUCCUGGAUAUACCGGUGAUCCCUUUACUAGAUGUACAUUGACAGAAAGGACGGUAUCAACUAAUCCGUGUGACCCAUCCCCCUGCGGGGCAAACUCGGAAUGUCGUGUCAUAGGUGACCAAGCAGCUUGUUCUUGCCUACCGAAUUACAUUGGAAGAGUACCAAAUUGUCGGCCAGAAUGUACAAUCGAUCCUGAAUGUCCUAGCAAUGCAGCCUGUAUAAACGAACGUUGUAAAGAUCCAUGCCAGAAUGCCUGUGGAUUAAAUGCACUAUGUAUGACAGUGAAUCAUAAAGCUAUCUGUAAUUGCCAGCAAGGUUUUACUGGAGAUGCCUCUAGCAAUUGCAUUCAAAUUGUUAUUUCGUCGACGGAAAUGACACCAACCUCAAGUCCAUGUACUCCUUCGCCAUGUGGACCAAACGCGGAAUGUCGUGAAUUUAAUGGAGCGGGAGCGUGCUUCUGCUCCGAAGGAUAUGAGGGUGACGCCUACAGCUCGCAAGGAUGUCGUAGAGAAUGUGAAAACAAUGAUGAUUGUCCAUUAAACCUAGCUUGUACGCGUUUCAAAUGUAUCGAUCCCUGUCCGAGAACUUGUGGACAAUUUGCAGAAUGCACUGUUGAAAAACAUAUACCAGUCUGCACAUGCCCCAGAGGUUAUACCGGGGACCCAUUCUUCCAAUGUAAACAAAUAGUUUUGGAAGAUGUUCCACCUUCAAACCCAUGCGAGCCUACUCCCUGCGGUCCAAACAGUCAAUGCAGACAAGUAAAUAUGCAAGCGGUGUGCUCGUGCUUACCAAAUUAUGUUAGCUCUCCACCAUCAUGUAGACCACAAUGUAUUGUUAAUAGUGAAUGUGAUUCAUCGAAGGCGUGUAUAAAUCAAAAAUGUGAUGACCCCUGCCCGAACACCUGUGGUUUGAGAGCACAUUGCCAAGUCAAGAAUCAUAACCCUAUUUGUACUUGUCCAGCUGGUAUGACUGGAGAUCCGUUUACGCAAUGUUACCAAAUUCCAUCUAGUACUACCGAACGUCCUCCUUCUUGCACUCCUUCGCCUUGUGGACCCCACUCACGGUGCCAAUUGUUGUCCAGUGGUCCUGCUUGUUCUUGUCUGCCAGGAUAUAUUGGCUCACCACCAUCAUGUCGUCCUGAGUGUACAAUUAAUUCUGAAUGUCCAGCUUCCUUAGCAUGCGUACGACAAAAAUGUGAAGACCCAUGUCCAGGUUCUUGCGGAGUGGAGGCCAACUGUCACGUCUUGAAUCAUGUAGCAGUUUGCGUCUGUAAUGAAGGCUACACAGGGGAUCCAUUCUCCAGAUGUUCUCCAAUUAGUGAGGUUCCUACAACCCCUACACCGCUAGAUCCAUGUAAUCCGUCACCUUGUGGAUCAAAUGCUAAAUGUGAUAAUGGAUUCUGUACAUGUUUACCGGAAUAUAGAGGAAAUCCUUACGAAUCAUGUCGACCGGAAUGCACCGGCAGCCAAGAAUGUCCUAGAGACAAAGCUUGCUUCCGCAAUAAGUGUCAAGAUCCUUGUCCAGGUGUAUGCGGGCAAAAUGCCAAAUGUGAUGUUAUUAACCAUAUACCAAGUUGUUCGUGUAUUGCUGAUUAUACCGGAAAUCCAUUCGUUCAUUGUCUACCAAUGGAAAGAGAUAAGUCUAGACCUAACGACCCAUGCCAUCCAUCGCCUUGCGGACCGAAUAGUAUCUGUAAAACUGUAGAUAAUACAGCCGUAUGCGCUUGUGUAGAAGGCUUCCAAGGAUCACCACCAGCCUGUAGACCCGAGUGUGUUGUCAGUUCUGAAUGUCCAUCAACAAAAGCGUGUGUUAAUAAAAAAUGUGUUAAUCCCUGUAUCAACGCAUGUGGUCUCUUAGCACGUUGUGAGGUUAUUAAUCAUAGUCCUAUCUGUAGCUGUAACGUUGGUCAGACAGGAGACCCGUUUAAGAGCUGCUUUGACAUCAUAAUAAUGCCAAAUGAUCCCGUUGACGCGUGCAAUCCUUCACCGUGUGGACCGAACUCAAUAUGUGCUGAAAGAAAUGGAAAGGCUAAUUGUAGAUGCGCCGAUGACUAUAUAGGACAACCUCCAAACUGUAGACCAGAGUGUGUGAUUAAUCCCGACUGUCCUUCCAAUCAAGCCUGUAUAAGAAACAAAUGUAUAGAUCCUUGUCCGGGCUCAUGUGGAGUAAAUGCGGAUUGUAUUAUUGUCAGUCACACCGUCUCUUGUGUAUGCCGUGAACAAUUUACUGGAAAUCCAUUUCUACAAUGUGUGCCACAAGAAGAAAAAGUUGUGAAACCCUGUGAUCCUUCACCCUGUGGAAUGAAUGCUGUGUGUACUCAAAGAGACGGAGCUGGUGCAUGUUCUUGCUUAGAGGGUUAUCAAGGAAAUCCAUAUGAGGGAUGUAGGCCUGAAUGUGUUUUAAGCUCAGAUUGCUCAGCAGAUAAAUCUUGCAUUCGUAAUAAAUGUGCUGAUCCAUGCCCAGGAAUCUGUGGAAACUUUGCUGAAUGUACUGUAGUAAAUCAUGUGCCUACAUGUGCUUGCCUUAAGGGUUAUUCUGGAAAUCCAUUUGUACAAUGUUCUAGAGAAGAACCAAUAGUGAAAAUUAAACCUUGUCAGCCCUCACCGUGUGGUCCAAAUAGUGUUUGUAGAGAAAACGGUGGCUUAGCCUCUUGUGAAUGUUUACCAGAAUAUAAAGGCGCACCACCUGAUUGCCGCCCAGAAUGUACUGUGAGCAGCGAAUGUCCUCCAGAUCGUGCCUGUCAUAAACUCAGAUGUGCAGAUCCUUGCAGAGGAACUUGCGGUCUUGGUGCACAUUGUCAAGUUAUAAACCACAGCCCAUUAUGUAGCUGUCCCGCGGGCACUACUGGUGAUCCCUUUAGUCGGUGCCAAGAAAUACAGUAUAGUGAAACAGAAAUUCCGUUGGAGCCCUGUUCGCCCAAUCCUUGUGGUCCUUACAGUGAAUGUCGACCAAUUAAUGGCUACCCUUCAUGUUCGUGUAGCGGAGAUUAUUUAGGUACCCCGCCAAAUUGCCACCCUGAGUGUCUAGUCAAUACCGACUGCCCAUCACACCAAGCCUGUAUAGCUGAAAAAUGCACUAACCCUUGUGAAGGCUCAUGCGGAUUUAGAGCCGAAUGUCGUGUACAAGACCAUAUACCAAUUUGCAGCUGCCCCACAAGAUAUUCUGGAGAUCCAUUCAUACAAUGUGCUGAAGUAAUAGUAUCAACGCCCCCACCAACUGCAGACCCUUGCAAUCCGUCACCAUGCGGAUCAAAUUCCAUAUGUGAUAAUGGCGUUUGCCUUUGUGCUAAAGGAUUCUUUGGAGAUCCUUAUUUUGGUUGUCGUCUUGAAUGCUCAACAAAUGGAGAAUGUUCACCAACACGUGCUUGUCACGGUGGAAAAUGCUUGGACCCCUGCCCUGGAGCCUGUGGGACUGGUGCCAUCUGUUCCGUGAACAACCAUAUACCAUCAUGUACUUGUGCAGUCGGUACAUCAGGUGAUCCAUUCUCAUACUGUACGGAGAUAAUAAAAGAAGAACCACACCGAUCUCCAUGUACUCCAUCUCCUUGUGGACCAUAUAGCGAAUGUACAGUGAGUACCAACGGUGCGGCUGCUUGUUCGUGCCGCUCUGGUCACAUUGGGUCACCGCCAACUUGUCGUCCAGAAUGUCUCGUUAGCUCUGAGUGUAAAUUACAAGAAGCAUGUAUAGACCAUCGUUGUCGGGACCCGUGUGAAGGAGCUUGUGGUCGUGGAGCACGCUGCCAAGUUAUAGCACAUUCUCCAAUAUGUACCUGCAAUGAUGGAUAUUCUGGUGAUCCGUUCACUUAUUGCUCACCAAUACCGAUAUCGCUCCCGAACCCAAUCGAUCCAUGCGAGCCAACACCUUGUGGACCCAAUUCAAUAUGCGUUAAAACAGGAGAUAUACCAGCAUGUAGUUGCCAAGCGGGCUAUAUUGGGUCACCACCUAACUGUCGACCAGAGUGUACGAUCAGUGCUGAAUGUCCCGCGGCGUUGGCCUGUGUGUCUCAGAGAUGUAAAGACCCAUGCGUGCACGCUUGCGGCUCCAACGCGGUGUGCUCCGUUGUAGAUCAUCGAGCGACAUGUGCCUGUGAACAUGGUUACCAAGGAGAUCCAUUCCAGGGUUGCAUUCCACCUAAAGCUACUUCUGCAAUUGAAUAUUUGAAUCCUUGUGAGCCUUCCCCUUGUGGUGUAAACGCGGAUUGUAAAGUACAAGGAAACGCGGGAUCUUGCACUUGCCGUCCUGAUUAUUUUGGUGAUCCAUAUCAAGGUUGCAGACCUCAGUGUUUAGCUGAUUCUGAUUGCUCUUUAAUGAUGGGAUGCGUAAACAACAAAUGUGUCGAUACUUGCCCCGGUGUAUGCGGGCUCAAUGCAGAAUGUUUUGUUACAUAUCAUAAACCGACGUGCAAUUGUCGAUUUGGUUUUACUGGAAAUGCGCUAGUCAUGUGCUCUCCAAUACUAGUAAGAGAUACAUCGAUUGACGUGUGUAAUCCAUCUCCGUGUGGGCCUAAUGCACAAUGUAAAGUUAUUAAUAAUCAACCAGUAUGUUCAUGUUGGAGUAAUUACAUAGGAGCACCACCGAACUGUAAGCCAGAAUGUGUUAUAAAUUCAGAUUGUCAAACAAAUCGGGCUUGUAUAAACAACAGAUGUGUAAAUCCGUGUCCAAGACCUUGUGGAAGUAACUCAGACUGUAAGGUAAUCAACCAUAGCCCUGUUUGCUCUUGUCGACAAGGAUAUACUGGAGAUCCGUUCAUAUCAUGUACCCGGAAAUUACAAGUUUCAUUCUCUAUAGAAGAACAUACAGAUCCUUGCUUAUCUUCACCAUGUGGACUUUAUGCGGAAUGUAGGAACGCGAAUGGGUUGCCCUCCUGCUCGUGCCUUCCAUCUUAUAUUGGAUCUCCGCCAUUUUGUAAACCUGAAUGUGUAGUGCAUUCUGAUUGCCCUAGUGAUAAGGCCUGUAUUUCUGAAAAAUGUAGAAAUCCGUGUGAUGGCUCAUGUGGCAUUUAUGCCAACUGUUUUGUUAACCGACAUGUAGCUGUCUGUUUAUGUUCAGAAGGCUUCACUGGAGACCCAUUUAGAGAAUGCAAAAUUUCAGCUGUUAAAGAGACUGUACAAUAUGAACCUAGUGAUCCCUGCACACCUAGUCCAUGUGGUUCCAAUGCAAUCUGUAACAAUGGAGUUUGUACUUGUAUAGCUGACUAUAAUGGCGAUCCAUACUUCGGAUGCAGACCAGAAUGUCUAUAUAAUACAGACUGUGCUCGAAACAAAGGUUGCCAAAAGAAUAAGUGUGUAGAUCCAUGUAUAGGAACAUGUGGACUUCAUGCCAUAUGUGAAGUCAACAAUCACGUCCCCAUGUGUUCUUGUCCACGUGGAAUGAGUGGCAACGCCUUUAUUGAAUGUCGUGCUAUAAGCGUUAUAAACAAAAGCCCCUGUCAACCUUCACCAUGUGGUCCAAACAGUCAAUGUCAGCAAUCACACGGCCAAGCAGUAUGCUCAUGCCUACAGGGAUAUCGUGGUAGCCCUCCUAACUGUAGACCAGAAUGUGUUGUGAGUUUAGAAUGUCCACUCAAUGAGGCGUGUCAGAACCAAAAAUGUGUUAAUCCAUGUCAAGGUGCUUGUGGGAUUGCUGCCGUAUGUGAAGUUAUUAACCAUAAUCCAAUUUGUACUUGCCCAGCAUUGUUCACUGGAGAUCCCUUCAGAAAAUGCGAUUAUAUUGUAAAUGUACCAAUCCAAAUCAAUCCCUGUGAGCCAUCUCCUUGCGGACCCUAUUCGACCUGUAGAAGUAAAGAUGACGGACCAGUUUGUGCUUGUCUCGAUAAUUACAAGGGGACACCACCACAUUGCAAGCCAGAAUGUAUAAGUAAUAGUGAAUGCGAUCACAAUCAAGCCUGUAUCAACCAAAAAUGUUCUGACCCAUGUAUAGGAAGCUGUGGAAUUAACUCUGAAUGCAGAGUUGUUAGUCAUUCUCCAGUUUGCCUUUGUCAAUCUGGUUACACAGGCGACCCAUUUUCACAUUGCAGCCUAGAAGUUAUAUCUAGACCAAGUGAAAGUUUACACCCAUGCAAUCCAAAUCCUUGUGGAGCAAACGCUAUAUGUAGAGAGCAAAAUGGAAUAGGGGCAUGCCUAUGUGCAGAGACUUAUACAGGUAACCCGUACGAGGGAUGUCGACCCGAAUGUGUUGUAGAUUCCGACUGCCCCCUAAACAAGGCCUGUUCAGGCAUGAAAUGUGUUGAUCCAUGUCCGGGUUCUUGUGGAGUAAAUGCGUUCUGUCUUGUAAGCAAUCAUAGGCCGAACUGUAUUUGUCAGUCUGGAUAUACCGGAAAUCCAUUUAGUCACUGUGGUAUUCUACAAGAAUCUCAAAUCUUGGAAACAAACCCGUGCAGUCCGAGUCCAUGCGGUGCUAACAGCCAAUGCAAAGAAAUACAAGGCCAAGCAGUGUGCUCUUGUUUACCUUUAUUUGUAGGAGCACCGCCCUAUUGUCGCCCAGAAUGUGUUAUGAGUUCCGAAUGCCCGCCGAACUUGGCUUGUAUUGACCAAAAAUGUUCUGACCCGUGUGUAGGGAGUUGUGGUGAGAGGGCCAGUUGUAACGUCAUCAACCAUAGCCCUAUCUGUGUAUGCAAUCAAGGUUUGACUGGAAAUCCAUUUUCAAGAUGUUACCCGAUGAUAAUUUCGUCACAGCCAGAACAGUCACAAUCUUCAGAUCCAUGCUUACCAUCGCCGUGUGGUCUCUAUGCAAUAUGUCGCAACGUUGGAGGUGCACCGUCUUGUGCAUGCGAAACGAAUUACAUCGGAACCCCUCCUAAUUGCAGACCUGAGUGUACUAUUAAUUCUGAAUGCGCUAGUGAUCAAGCGUGCAUUAAUGAGAAAUGUAGAGAUCCAUGUUUAGGCUCAUGUGGAUUAAAUGCACAAUGUAGAGUAUUCCAUCACAUCGCGCAGUGUAGUUGUUUAGAUAAAUACAAAGGAGAUCCAUUCAUUCAAUGUCAACCAGACAUUGAAAGAGACGAAAUUACGGAAUUGGACCUAUGUAAUCCAUCACCAUGUGGUCCAAACGCUGAAUGUGACGAAGGCAAAUGUACUUGUAUACUUGAUUACCAAGGUGAUCCAUAUAUCGGUUGCAGACCGGAAUGUCUCGUAAGCAGCGACUGCUCUCACGAUAAAGCAUGUUUCAAAAAGAAAUGUGUUAAUCCAUGCAUAAAUACAUGUGGUCGUCAGGCUAUAUGCAACGUCAUUAAUCACGUACCGAUGUGUACAUGUUUGCCGAAUCACACAGGAAAUGCGUUUGUAGAUUGUAAACCUAUAACAAUUAUUGAAAACGUAAACCCCUGUCAUCCAUCUCCAUGUGGACCUAACAGUCAAUGUAGAGAAGUUAACGGUCAAGCCAUUUGCACAUGUCUACCUGGAUUUAAAGAUGCCCCACCAACAUGCAGACCCGAAUGUGUUACUAGCUCUGAAUGUUCUCUUAAUAGAGCCUGCUCUGGUCAAAAAUGUAUUGAUCCAUGUAAAGGAAAUUGUGGCCUUGGAGCUAUUUGUCAAGUAAUUAAUCACAAUCCCAUAUGUUCAUGUCCUACAGGAUUCACAGGUGAUCCGUUCAGUAAAUGUAUACAAAAAGAAAAUGAAGAACCGCCUUACGUUAAUCCAUGUCAGCCAUCACCUUGUGGUCCAAAUGCAAUUUGCAAAGAAAUCAAUGGAUCGCCGUCGUGUGCAUGUCUUGAUGAAUAUACAGGAAGUCCACCAAAUUGUAAACCAGAAUGUAUUGCAAAUUCCGAAUGCCCUAAUGAAUUAGCCUGUAUUAACGAAAAGUGUAAAGAUCCUUGUCCAGGGUCAUGUGGAUCCGGUGCUGAAUGCAAGGUCGUGAGCCACGCACCUCAGUGUUACUGCCCACCUGGUUUUACUGGUGAUUCAUUUAUAAAUUGUAUUGUGAUAGAUGUACCACUUACACCAUGUUCGCCGUCUCCUUGUGGUCCCAACGCUUUAUGUAAGGAAUUCAACGGUGCUGGAUCAUGUGUGUGUUUACCUGAGUACAUAGGAAACCCCUACGAGGGUUGUCGCCCAGAAUGUAUUGUAAAUUCAGACUGCGCAUCUAAUUUGGCCUGUAUUCAAAACAAAUGUCAAAACCCCUGUAAUAAUGUUUGUGGACUAAACGCCAUCUGUAAUGUUAUAAAUCAUUCACCUAAAUGCGAGUGUCUACCUGGUUUUGUUGGGAGUCCGUAUCAAGAAUGUAUCGUGAAACUUAAUGAUGAACUCUUGCCUCAAAGGAAUCCUUGUACUCCUUCACCUUGUGGUCCUAAUAGUAUUUGUAAGGAGGCCAACAAUCAAGCCAUCUGCACCUGUAGAGUUAAUUAUUUGGGCUCUCCACCAUCUUGUAGACCAGAAUGUCUUAUUAGUUCAGAAUGUUCACAACAUCAAGCAUGCAUAAAUGAAAGGUGUAAAAACCCAUGCGAUGGAGUUUGUGGCAUUGAUGCAGAAUGCAAAGUUAUAAACCAUAGCCCCAUUUGUUCCUGUACAUCUCAGUAUACAGGAGAUCCGUUUAAUAGGUGUUAUAGAGUUACGGAAACGAUCGUUGUACACACAAAUCCAUGCGUACCGAAUCCAUGUGGUCCUUUUUCUCAAUGUCGUGAUACGAACAAUUCACCGUCCUGUUCUUGUUUACCGCAAUACAUUGGUAGUCCACCUAAUUGCCGCCCUGAGUGCACGAUUAACACAGAUUGUGUUAGUAACAAGGCUUGUAUUAAUGAAAAAUGUGUUGACCCAUGUCCUGGGUCCUGUGGAUUGAAUGCUCAGUGUCGAGUUCAGAAUCAUAUAUCAAUUUGUACAUGCAUAGAGGGAUAUAUCGGAGAUCCGUUCCAAAGUUGUGUCUUAAAACUCCAUCAAGAAGCAUCACCGCGUGACCCUUGUAAUCCGUCACCUUGCGGUGCAAACGCGAUGUGCAAUAAUGGUAUUUGUACCUGCCUACUUGAAUAUAGUUAUGAUCCAUACUUUGAAUGCCGACCUGAAUGUACAAUCAGUUCAGAAUGUCCCAUGGAUAAAGCAUGUGUUAGAAAUCGGUGUGUCAAUCCGUGUAAUAAUACUUGUGGCUUAGAUGCGGUUUGUAAUGUGAUGAAACAUAUGGCUAUUUGUACGUGCCCUCCCAAAAUGACAGGAAAUGCAUUUUUGCGAUGUUCUCCAAUGCGAGAAGCUGUGAUGACUAACCCUUGCGAGCCCAGUCCCUGCGGACCUUACAGCCGUUGUACGGAACACAACCAACAAGCCAUAUGCUCCUGUAUGUCCGGUUACCAAGGGGCGCCUCCAUCAUGUCGUCCGGAAUGUGUUAGUAGUGCUGACUGCACACUAAACAGGGCUUGUAGUAACCAAAAAUGUAUCAACCCUUGUGAAGGUGUAUGUGGUGUUGGAGCCAAAUGCCAAGUGAUAAAUCACAACCCUAUUUGUAUCUGUCCAUCUGGAUAUACAGGGGAUCCUUUUACCAGAUGUAUAAAUAUGCCUCUCUUUGAGCCAACAAAAACCAAUCCUUGUCAGCCAUCACCGUGUGGUCCGAACUCUGUAUGCCAGGAAACAGCAACGGCAACUGCAUCAUGUCAGUGUUUGCCCAACUUCAUUGGCUCUCCACCAAACUGCCGCCCCGAGUGCAUCUCUAACACUGAAUGCUCACCACUUCAAGCUUGUAUAAACAGAAAAUGUCAAAAUCCUUGUAAUCAAGCAUGUGGAACGAAUUCGGAAUGUCGUGUUGUAAGUCAUUCAGCUCUUUGUAUAUGCCCAGACGGAUAUACUGGAGACGCCGCAGUAAAAUGCACCUUGACUGCAUUGGCUUUUGUUGAAGAAAUAAAUCCAUGUUCGCCAUCACCUUGUGGAUCAAAUGCUGAAUGUAUUACGCGUAGUGGGACAGGAGCUUGUAUAUGUCUAAAAGGUUACUUUGGAGAUCCGUAUGAAGCUUGUCGACCUGAGUGUAUAGUUAACUCCGACUGUCCAAGCAACAAGGCGUGUACCAAAAACAAAUGUGUUGAUCCAUGUCCUGGUACUUGUGCUAUUAAUGCGGAUUGUCAAGUUGUUAAUCACUCGCCUAUAUGUACAUGCCUUCCGCAAUAUUCUGGAGACCCAUUCAGGCAUUGUAUAUUAAGCAUUCGUGAUAUGAUCCCAAGUAAUCCUUGUCAACCGUCACCAUGUGGUCCAAAUAGUCAAUGUAGGACAUUAAAUGAACAAAGUGUAUGCUCUUGUUUGCCCGAAUAUUAUGGAUCGCCACCUAAUUGUAAACCGGAAUGUGUUAUAAAUGCAGAAUGUCCUACAGACAAAACAUGCAAAAAUCUAAAAUGUGUUUCAACGUGCCCUGGUCCCUGCGGACAAAAUACUGAUUGCAAAGUAAUUAAUCAUAGUCCAAUCUGCACUUGUUCACUAUCCUAUACUGGAGAUCCAUUUUCCCGGUGCUAUAAAUUGAUUGCUUCAGUAGAUAUUCUUCCUGUCCGGGAUCCCUGCGAACCUUCACCGUGUGGACCCAAUUCUCUAUGUAAAAAUAACAAUGACCUUCCGAUUUGUUCAUGUUUGCCACUAUACGAGGGCAGCCCACCUAAUUGUAGACCAGAAUGUACAAUAAACGAAGAUUGUUCUGGUCACCUUGCUUGCAUAAGUCAAAAGUGCCAAGACCCGUGCCCAGGUUCUUGUGGCAUAAAUGCAGAUUGUUUUGUUAAAAAUCACAUAUCAAUUUGUAAUUGCCGAGAUGGUUACACUGGAAAUGCCUUUACUCAGUGCAAUCCGGCUCCACAAGAUGUUCCUAUAGAAAUUGAUCCGUGUAAUCCAACGCCUUGUGGAACUAAUGCACAAUGUUACAAUGGUAAAUGCAGUUGCCUUCCGGAAUUCCAUGGAGAUCCAUACAGUGGUUGUCGUCCUGAGUGUACUUUAAGCACAGACUGUGAUCGCACCAAGGCUUGCAUUAGAAAUAAAUGUACAGAUCCGUGUCCGGGAACUUGCGCUUCAAAUGCAAUAUGUAAUGUUGUUAAUCAUAUUCCUAUGUGUAGCUGCCCCCAGCGCAUGAUAGGAAAUGCCUUUAUAGAAUGCCAUUCAGUAUCGGAACCGAACAACAUAAAUCCUUGUCGGCCAUCUCCAUGCGGCCCUAAUAGCCAAUGUCGCAUUUUAAAUGGUCAAGCCGUAUGCUCCUGCAAUCCUAACUUCUUUGGCAGUCCACCAGCCUGUCGACCAGAAUGCACAAUAUCUGCCGAGUGUCCCUUGAAUCAGGCGUGUAGUAACCAGAGAUGUACGAACCCAUGUGUUGGUGCUUGUGGAGUAGAUGCUGAAUGUCAAGUUGUAAACCAUAGUCCUAUAUGUUCCUGCCCAUCUAUGUUCUCUGGAAAUCCAUUUUCUCGAUGCUUCAAACUUCCGGAAAAACCGCAAAAGCAAAUUGAUGUUUGUUCGCCUUCACCAUGUGGUCCUAAUUCAAUUUGUAAAAUUAUCAACGAAGUACCAUCUUGCACGUGCCUUGAAAAUUACCAUGGACAACCACCAUAUUGCCGACCCGAAUGUUCAAGCAAUGAAGAAUGCUCCACACAGAUGUCCUGUGUCAAUAUGAAAUGUAUUAAUCCAUGUGAAGGAGCAUGUGGGAGCAACGCAGAAUGUAGAGUAGUCAGUCAUUCGCCAAACUGCAUAUGUACUUACGGCUAUACAGGUGACCCAUUCUUCAGAUGUAUUAUAGAACCGUUACGUGAAGAAAUUAUUACAACUCCAUGUUCGCCUUCACCGUGUGGGUUUAAUGCUAUUUGUAAAGAGAAGAAUAAUGCCGGGUCCUGCGUCUGUGUUGAUGGUUAUAUUGGAAAUCCAUAUGAAGGAUGCCGACCUGAAUGUGUUGUGAAUACGGACUGCCCAAGUAAUAAAGCUUGUGCCAACAAUAAGUGUAUCGAUCCCUGUCCUGGCAGCUGCGGCUCAAAUGCCCUGUGUCAAGUAGUCAAUCACGCACCAUUAUGCACCUGUAUCAGCGGCUAUACUGGGGAUCCAUUUAGAAACUGUGUUUUCCAAGAACCUCUACCGGUGGAACCCACCGAUAUUUGUUAUCCUUCGCCAUGUGGACCUAAUAGCCAAUGUAAAGCCAUCAAUAAUCAAGCCGUAUGCUCAUGUUUACAAGAUUACAUUGGAACUCCACCAAACUGUCGUCCAGAAUGUGUUGCAAGUUCAGAAUGUCAACAUGACAUGGCUUGCAUAAACAAUAAAUGUAUUAAUCCAUGCGUUAAUGCUUGCGGCAUUAACGCUAACUGCAAAGUUAUCAAUCAUAGCCCUAUUUGUUCCUGCAAGAGGUCUUAUACAGGAGAUCCAUUUACCAUUUGUACCUUUUCUACACCUGUAUCAUAUCAAGAGACCAGUGACCCUUGCGUACCGUCUCCAUGUGGACCUAAUUCAGUGUGUAGGAAAAUUGGCACUUCACCAUCGUGUUCAUGUUUAUCCGAAUUCAUCGGUAAUCCACCUAACUGCAGACCAGAGUGCACGAUACACGCAGACUGUGCCAGUGACCGCGCUUGUAUCAACUCAAAAUGCCGAGACCCUUGUCCCGGUUCUUGUGGGUUAUCUGCAACGUGUCACGUUCUUAACCACAUUCCGAUAUGCUCAUGUCUUACUGGUUAUAUAGGAGAUCCAUUCACAAAUUGCAGACCUCAACCAUUACAAGUCGAAGCAACAGUAACUGAUUCAUGUUCGAAUGUGCGAUGUGGAUCAAAUGCUGAAUGUAUUAAUGGCCAUUGUCAAUGCUUACAAGAUUAUAACGGAGAUCCGUACUUCAGUUGUCGUCCCGAAUGCGUAGUAAGCACGGAUUGUGAGAGUAACAAAGCCUGCGUUCAAAAGAAAUGUGUCAAUCCUUGUAUAGAUGCUUGUGGAUUAAAUGCAAUUUGCCAAGUAGUCAAUCAUAUUCCCAUGUGUAGUUGUACUACAGGUCAUACUGGCAACGCAUUUAUUGCGUGCAAUCCAUUUAAAGCCCAGCGUAUAGAAAAUCCUUGUAACACUGCAAUUUGUGGGCCAAACAGUCAGUGUAGAGUGUUAAAUAAUCAGGCCGUUUGUUCGUGUCUGCCAACAUAUUUGGGUGUCCCACCAGCAUGUAGACCAGAAUGUACCGGGAACUCAGAAUGUGCAUUAAACCAAGCUUGUAUGAACCAAAAGUGUAUUAAUCCUUGCAUUGGAGUAUGUGGAAUAAGAGCUACUUGUGAAGUUAUCAAUCACAAUCCAGUAUGUGCUUGUCCAAACCGAUACUCUGGUGAUCCGUUUGUGCAGUGUAAUCUUGUGCUCAGUUCACCUGUGGUUGUCAAUCCCUGCCAACCAUCUCCCUGCGGUCCAAACUCAAUUUGUCACGAAACAAAUGAUAGUCCUUCGUGUAGUUGCAUGCCUGGUUUUAACGGCCAACCUCCUUAUUGUAGACCAGAAUGUAUUAGUAACAGUGAGUGCGCACCUCACUUAGCUUGCAGAAAUCAGAAAUGUCAAGAUCCAUGCACAGAAGUCUGUGGAGAGAACUCAGAGUGUCAUGUUGUAAGUCACGCUGCAAUGUGUGUCUGCCCUCAAGGUUAUGGAGGAGAUCCCUUUACCAGGUGUAUCAUACAUACUACAGUUGAAGUAUUAAAUCCAUGUUUUCCAUCACCAUGUGGGCCAAACGCCGCAUGUAGGGAGCAAAAUCGAGUCGGAUCAUGCACUUGCAACGAAGGCUUCUUUGGAAACCCUUACGAAGGCUGCAGACCCGAAUGUGUUAGUGACUCAGAUUGUCCCGGUAAUAAGGCAUGCGUGGGUAAUAAAUGUCAAGACCCAUGUCCAGGAGCCUGUGGAAUAAACGCGGAGUGUACUACAAUCAACCAUUCACCCACGUGUGCUUGUAUUAAUGGAUAUACAGGUGACCCAAAUAGACGAUGCAAUCUAGUUCCAAUCACAGCAAUAACAACUGCCAUUUGCCAACCAAACCCGUGCGGCCCAUACAGCCAAUGUAAGAAUAUAAAUAACCAAGCAGACUGUAGUUGUUUGAUCAACUUCGUUGGUGAGCCGCCUAAUUGUAGACCUGAAUGUUUGAUUAAUUCUGAAUGCUCCUCAAAUUUAGCGUGUUUUAACCAGAAAUGUAUAAACCCUUGUCCCGAUACUUGCGGUGUGAAGUCAGAAUGUCGGGUGAUACACCAUAAUGCAAUAUGUAGCUGUAUUCAAGGUUUCACCGGAGAUCCAUUCACAAGGUGCUACAAAAAACCAGUCGAAGUAGCACAACUAGAUAAAAGCAAAGAUCCAUGUAUUUCAAGUCCGUGCGGUGCAAACGCGGAAUGCCGAGUAAUUUUUGGACAAGCUUCAUGUUCAUGUACUGCGGGAUAUUUAGGUAGCCCUCCUAACUGUAGGCCAGAGUGUGUAACUAAUGAGGAUUGUAUAAGUUCUCUAGCCUGUAUAAAUGAGAAAUGUAUAGAUCCCUGUCCUGGUUCUUGUGGACAAAAUGCCAAAUGCACUGUCAAUAAACAUUUGUCGAUCUGCACAUGCUUAGAUGGCUAUGCAGGGGAUUCGUUUACAUCAUGUCACUUACAACCACUACGAGAGCCUAUAGAAGCUGAUUUAUGCAACCCUUCGCCGUGUGGGUCCAAUUCAAUUUGUGAAAACGGAGAGUGCUCGUGUAUGCCAGACUAUCAUGGAGAUCCUUACGUAGGUUGCAGACCUGAAUGUAUUACAAGUUCUGACUGUCAAAGAAAUCAAAUCUGUCUCAAAAAGAAAUGCUUUAACCCAUGCCCUGAAACAUGCGGCUUGAACGCAGUAUGUGAAGUAAUCAAUCAUAUACCAAUGUGUAGUUGUAUGUCAGGCUUCUCUGGGAAUGCAUUCGUAUCCUGCAAUCAUGUUCAAGCUGCAUUAUCUACUAUUCCAUGCAAUCCGAGUCCAUGCGGACCAAAUAGUCAGUGCCGUGAAGUGAACAAUGUAGCAGUUUGUUCUUGUAUUUCUGGUUACUUCGGAAACCCACCAACUUGUAGGCCAGAAUGUACCACCAGUGGAGAGUGUCCAUUAAAUAAAGCAUGCAGUAAUUAUAAAUGCAUAAAUCCCUGUGUUGGCGCCUGUGGUUUCAAUGCUAUGUGCGAAGUAGUAAAUCAUAAUCCUUUAUGCUCCUGCCCCAAUGAUUUAACAGGAGAUCCCUUCAGUAGAUGUAUUCCGAAGCCUUUGGAAAUACCGACUUAUAUAAACCCUUGUAUUCCGUCACCAUGUGGUCCAAAUGCAAUAUGUCAAGAAGUAAAUGGAUCACCUUCGUGUUCUUGCGCGAAUGAAUUUAUUGGAUUGCCUCCUAACUGCCGUCCGGAAUGUACCAGCAAUAGUGAAUGCCCCAGUAACAUGGCAUGUAAUAAUAAUAAAUGUGGUGACCCUUGUCUGAGUGCAUGCGGUUCCUUAGCAGAAUGCCGUGUAGUCAGUCAUACUCCAACUUGUGUUUGCCCUGUUGGAUAUAAUGGAGAUCCAUUUGUUUCCUGUAAAGUUACAAGUAUAGCUAUUGAACAAUCUUCGCCCUGUACACCAUCACCGUGCGGUAGUAAUGCUAUUUGUAAACAGCGUAACAAUGUCGGUUCUUGUUCGUGUCUGACGGGAUAUUUUGGAAACCCAUAUGAGGGAUGUCGACCAGAAUGCGCGGUCAAUACUGACUGUCCUUCUGAUAAAGUUUGUCAACAAAGCAAAUGUCAAGACCCCUGUCUAGGGACAUGUGGCCUCAAUGCGCAAUGUCACACUGUGAAUCACGCUCCGCUUUGCACCUGUCUGCCAGGCUACACCGGUGAUCCCUUCAGAAAUUGUAUUUACAAACAAGAAAUUGAAGUGAUAACAAAUCCAUGCUCACCUUCACCUUGUGGUCCUAAUGGUAUUUGCAAAGUUAAAAAUGAACAAGCUAUAUGUAGUUGUAAUCCGGAAUAUCGUGGAUCGCCACCUAAUUGUCGCCCUGAAUGUGUAAUUAGUGCAGAAUGUUCGAGUGAUAAAGCUUGUUUUGGUCAAAAAUGUCUAGACCCUUGCUUGGGACAGUGUGGGCUGAAUGCAAAAUGUCGUACUAUAAACCACAGUCCAAUAUGCACUUGCAAAGAUAAAUAUACUGGAGAUCCUUUCAGUCGAUGUUAUCCAAUAAUCUUGCAUGCAGUUGAAGAUACAACCAAAAAUCCUUGUUCACCAUCCCCAUGUGGUCCAUUCAGCCAAUGUUUAGAAAUUGGUAGUAUACCCUCAUGCACUUGUUUACCAGACUAUAUCGGUUCUCCACCAAAUUGUAGACCAGAAUGUGUUAUCAAUUCUGAUUGUUCUAGUAACUUAGCAUGUAUCAAUCAGAAAUGUAAAGAUCCGUGUCCUGGAUCAUGUGGUAUAAAUGCGCAAUGUACUGUAAAGAAUCACUCUCCUAUGUGUACUUGCCUUGUUAACUUCGUUGGAGAUGCAUUCACGGAAUGUAAACCACAAGUUGCAGAAGUAAUACAUGAUAUAAUAGAUCCUUGUGAUCCAUCACCUUGCGGGCCUAAUGCUGUAUGUAACAGCGGCGAAUGUUUCUGUUUACCUGAAUUCCGUGGCGAUCCCUACUUCGAAUGUCGACCAGAAUGCGUGCUCAGCUCAGACUGUGAUAGGAAUAAAGCAUGUCACAAAAACAAAUGCGUUAAUCCCUGCAAUGCACAAGUGUGUGCAACAAAUGCAAUAUGUGAAGUAACAAAUCAUAUACCGAUGUGCAGAUGUCCAGAAAACAUGUUUGGAAAUGCUUUUGUAAAGUGUUCCCCCAUAGAAGCUGUUCCUCAUCAACCUUGUAAUCCGUCACCUUGUGGUCCAAACAGUCAAUGUCGCGAUAUUAAUAAACAGCCUGUUUGCUCAUGCUUAGAAGGUUUUAUCGGAAUGCCACCAUCGUGUAGACCGGAAUGUGUAGUAAAUACAGACUGUCUGCCUGAUGAAGCUUGUUCAAAUAGAAAAUGCACUAAACCAUGUGAAGGAGCGUGUGGAGUUGGAGCAAAAUGUCAAGUUAUUAAUCAUAAUCCUAUUUGUUCUUGCCCUCUAAGAUAUACAGGCAAUCCGUUUGUACGAUGUUUCUUGCAAGAGUUUAUUCCAGAACAACAGAAUCCAUGCUUACCUUCGCCGUGUGGACCGAAUAGCAUAUGUAAACAAAUUUCGGACUCGCCAUCUUGUUCGUGUCAGCCUGAAUAUUUUGGGACGCCACCACAUUGUAAACCCGAAUGCAUAAGUAAUUCUGAAUGUCCAACACAUCUCGCUUGCAUCAACGAAAAGUGUGUUGAUCCAUGUAUUGGAUCGUGUGGUUUGAAUACUGACUGUCACGUUAUAAGCCAUUCACCAUCAUGUGCCUGUUUACCUGAAUAUACUGGGGAUCCUUUUAUAGAAUGCCAUAGGAGAGAGGCUAUUGAAGAAAUUACAACGCCAUGUCAGCCGUCGCCUUGUGGAGCAAAUGCUGUUUGUAAGGAGUUCAAGGGUGCCGGUUCCUGUACAUGUUUGCCAGACUUUUAUGGAAACCCGUACGAAGGAUGUAGACCCGAAUGUAUCAUAAAUUCAGAUUGCCCUCUAAACAAGGCAUGUUUGCAGAAGAAAUGUCACGAUCCUUGUGAUGGUUCAUGCGCACCUAAUGCAAUUUGCCAAGUAAUAAAUCACGCACCAUCAUGCUCUUGCCCACAAGGAUUUUCAGGCGAUCCAUUCAGAUAUUGUGUAGCUCAGAGAGAUGAAUUAACUACGCUGAAUGUUUGCAAUCCCUCUCCAUGUGGGCCAAACAGUCGAUGUCAGGAGGUCAAUCAACAAGCUGUUUGUUCAUGUAUGCCGGAAUUUAUUGGAACACCGCCUGGUUGUCACCCUGAAUGUGUUAUCAGUUCUGAAUGUCCAAAAGAAAAGGCGUGUAUAAAUAAAAAAUGUGUCGAACCAUGUAAAGACACUUGUGGAGUGAAUGCAGAUUGUAGAGUUAUUAAUCACAAUCCUAUUUGCUACUGUAAGCAAUUUUACACAGGAGAUCCAUUCACUAGAUGUAGUCCUUUGCCACCACCUACAGCAAAUGCUGUCUUAGAACCUUACGGUAAUCCUUGCGUACCAUCCCCCUGUGGACCAAAUUCAAUAUGUAAAGAGGUUGGAAAUGUACCUUCUUGUACUUGCAUGCAACGUUUUGUUGGAAGCCCUCCAAACUGCAGACCAGAAUGCUUAUUGAAUUCGGAAUGUCCAACCUCUAAGGCGUGUAUACAACAAAAAUGCCAAGAUCCCUGUUUAGGCGCAUGUGGUAUAAACGCCAUAUGCACUGUUACCAGACAUACACCAAUGUGCACUUGUACUGAUGGUUAUGUUGGGGAUGCUUUUACUGCGUGUAACCCUCAAUUAACACCUGUGAACGAUAUCACCGAUGCCUGUAAUCCUUCACCAUGCGGUACAAAUGCUAUUUGUAAUGAAGGAAGCUGUACGUGUGUUGAGGGCUAUCAAGGCGAUCCUUACUUUGGAUGCCGGCCUGAAUGCGUUUUAAGCACAGAUUGUGCACGAAACAAGGCAUGUGUAAAGAAUAAAUGUGUUGAUCCGUGUGCAAACACAUGUUCGUUAACGGCUAUUUGCGAAGUCAUAAAUCACGUGCCUAUGUGCAGUUGUCCUCAUGGAAUGACUGGUAAUGCAUUCUACGGAUGUGAAAAUAUACAAGUUCCAGUGAAAACAAACCCAUGCCUCCCUUCCCCUUGUGGGCCUAAUAGUCAAUGUCGGGAAAUAAACGGACAAGCUGUAUGCUCUUGUGUGGCGGGAUAUAUCGGAAGCCCACCCUUGUGUCGACCCGAAUGUGCAGUUAGCUCAGAUUGCCCUCUUAACUUAGCCUGUUCUAAUCAAAAAUGUAUAAACCCUUGCAAAGGCUCCUGUGGCGCGGAAGCCAUGUGUCAAGUUGUAAAACAUAACCCAAUUUGCUCGUGUCCUCCGAAAUACACAGGAGACCCCUUCAUACGCUGUACUCCGUUUAGACCUGCUUUAGCGGAAGCUGCUCCAUGCACACCUUCCCCAUGUGGGCCUAACGCAAUCUGUAAAGAAGUUUCUGGAGCACCAUCUUGUGCAUGUUCACCAAACUUCUUUGGCUCGCCUCCUUACUGUAAACCAGAAUGUAUAAGCAACAGCGAAUGCCCAACGAACAAAGCUUGCUUUAAUCAGAAAUGCCAAGAUGCUUGCUUAAACGCUUGCGGUUUUAACGCACAAUGUAAAACAAUCAGCCAUUCUCCAAUGUGUUUCUGUGAAGCAAGUCACACUGGUGACCCGUUCACUAAUUGCUAUUUACAAAUAAAUGUUGAACCAGAAAGAACUUCCCCUUGCGAGCCAUCUCCAUGUGGCGCUAAUGCUAUUUGCAAAGAGCAAGGGACCGCCGGAUCUUGCUCUUGUCUAUCUAAUUAUAUAGGAAAUCCGUACGAAGGCUGUCGCCCUGAAUGUACUCUAAAUACAGAUUGUACACCAGAUAAAACUUGCAUACGUAAUAAAUGCCAAGACCCCUGUCCCGGUACUUGUUCAUUUAUGGCUUUCUGUUCAGUGGUGAAUCAUUUGGCAUCAUGUAAUUGUCCACCUGGCUAUACAGGUGAUCCCUAUCGACAAUGUAUUAUUCAAAAAGAAGAAAUAAAAGAACCCACACCGUGCGUUCCAAACCCCUGUGGGCCCAAUAGUAUAUGCCGUCCAGUAAAUGGUCAAAGCGUAUGCUCCUGUUUGCCGAACUAUAUCGGGGCGCCACCUGGCUGUCGUCCCGAAUGUACAGCUAGUUCAGAAUGUUCUCCAGACAAAGCCUGUGUUAACCUCAAAUGCAUAAACCCUUGUCCUGGGCAUUGCGGCCUCAACGCUGAAUGCAGAGUGAUAACUCAUAGUCCAAUAUGCACGUGUAAUCCUCAACACACUGGUGACCCAUUCACUAGAUGCUACUUACAAGUGACAAAUGAAGUUGCACAACACAGAGACCCAUGUGUGCCAAAUCCUUGUGGCGAUAAUACAGUUUGUAUGAAUCGUAAUGAUUCACCAGUAUGUAGUUGCUUGCCAAACUUUGAAGGAGCACCACCGAAUUGCAGGCCGGAGUGUGCAAUAAGCCAGGAUUGUCCUUCUAAUAAGGCGUGUAUCCAUAUGAAAUGCAUUGAUCCGUGUCCAGGCAGUUGUGGCUUAAACGCGGAAUGUUCAGUAUUUAACCAUCUUCCAGCUUGCACAUGUCCCCAAGCAUUAACAGGAGAUCCUUUCACUCGUUGCAUUGUAGUAGAACCUAUAAGAGAUGAAACACCACAAGAUCUUUGUAAUCCAUCUCCUUGUGGAUUUAAUGCACAAUGCCUUAAUGGUAUCUGCACGUGCAUAAAUGAAUAUUUUGGCGAUCCAUAUUUUGGUUGUAAACCUGAAUGUAUCACGAGCAUGGAAUGUGCAUCAGAUAAAGUCUGUUCUCGUAAUAAAUGUAUUAAUCCAUGUCCCGAUAUGUGUGCUUCGAGUGCGGAAUGCAAUGUUUUCAACCAUAUUCCUAUAUGUUCUUGUCCCACGGGCACUACUGGAAAUGCUUUUAUCGAAUGUCAUAGAACGGAAGUCAUUGAAGUACAACCAUGCAACCCAAAUCCAUGUGGGCCAAAUAGCCAAUGCAGAGCUGUGAACAGUCAAUCGACAUGCUCAUGUUUACCAACUUACAUUGGAAGCCCGCCAUCCUGUCGACCGGAAUGUACUUUAAGUUCAGAGUGCGCAUCGAACCAGGCAUGCAAUAACCAUAAAUGUAUCAAUCCAUGCCUUGGUACAUGCGGAUAUGAUGCUAGAUGCGAAGUUAUUAAUCACAAUCCCGUUUGUUCGUGUCCACCUCAAUACACAGGAGACCCAUUUACUCACUGUAUAUCAAUUGUAUCUACGCCCCUGCCACCUGUGGACCCCUGCACACCAUCACCUUGUGGGCCACAUUCAAUUUGUAAAGUUAUAGGGGAAGCUCCGUCAUGCACUUGCAUGUCAAAAUUCAUGGGAGCGCCACCCAAUUGUCACCCAGAAUGUAUAAGCAACUCUGAAUGCCCAUCAAAUCUAGUAUGCGUUAAUCAGGAAUGCAAAGAUCCAUGUCCAGGGAGCUGUGGCUACAAUGCAGAUUGUGCGAUUGUCAGUCAUGGAUUAAUUUGCACAUGUCCGUAUGGACAAACUGGAGAUCCACUUAUAUCGUGCAACCCAAUAAGAGAUUCUGUCAUAGAAUAUAACUCCCCUUGUGAGCCUUCCCCUUGUGGCUUAAAUGCUGAAUGUAUCGAAAGAAAUGGUGCCGGGGCAUGUAAAUGUUUUGAUACUUACAUUGGUAAUCCAUACGAGGAAUGUCGACCAGAAUGUGUCUUGAAUACUGAUUGUAGCCCAACUCUUGCUUGUAUGCAAAAUAAAUGCCAAGAUCCCUGUCCUGGAGUUUGUGCACCAAAUGGAAUAUGUCAAGUUGUAAAUCACAUUCCGUCGUGUUACUGUCCCCCUGGUCUCGAUGGCGAUCCAUACACAUAUUGCAGACAAAAAGUUGAAGAUGUAAAAGUAACACCGUGCACUCCAUCUCCUUGCGGUCCAAAUAGUCAAUGUCGAGAAAUAAACUCACAAGCUAUAUGCAGUUGUCUUGAAAGUUACAUAGGAUCACCGCCUAGUUGCCGACCUGAAUGUACAAUAAAUAGCGAAUGUUUAAGUGAUAAGGCAUGUAUUAAUCAAAAAUGUGUGGAUCCUUGUCGGGAUCAAUGUGGGCGAAAUGCUAAAUGUCGAGUGAUAUCUCAUAAUCCGAUUUGCUCGUGCCAAGAACAAUUUACUGGAGAUCCAUUUUCCUACUGCAUGCCAGUUGCGUUAUCAGAACCACAACGAGAACCGAGUCGAAAUCCAUGCUUCCCGUCACCAUGUGGACCUAAUUCGCAGUGCCAGGAAUAUAACCAGAACGUCCGCUGUACUUGUUUACCAAACUAUUUAGGCACACCACCACGAUGCCGACCAGAAUGCACUGUCAGUUCUGAAUGUAACGCAGUCAGCGCAUGUAUCAAUAAUAAGUGUGAAGAUCCUUGUCCGGGCGCUUGUGGUAUUAACGCACAAUGCAAUGUCAAUAAACAUCUGCCAAUAUGCUCAUGUGUACCGGGAUAUACUGGUGAUCCAUUCUCAAAAUGUAUUUUACAAUUAGCAGAACCGGACAUUGUGAAUCUAUGCUCACCGACACCAUGUGGGGCAAAUGCUUUGUGUAACAAUGGUCAAUGUUCAUGUUUACCUGAAUAUUUCGGAGACCCUUACAUAGGCUGCAAACCCGAAUGCGUUCUUAAUAUAGAUUGUGAGCGAAAUAAAGCCUGCGUAAACAAUAAAUGUGUAGAUCCCUGCCUUGGCACUUGCGGUAACAAUGCUACGUGUGAAGUUAUUAAUCACAUUCCUGCUUGUUCUUGCCCUUCUGGAACUAAGGGUGACCCAUUCCAUUAUUGCAGUGUAAUUAGAGAAAUGGAGACACCAAUUAAUUUAUGUAGCCCUUCCCCAUGUGGACCCUACAGUCAAUGUCGGGAAAUAAACGGUCACGCUGUCUGCGUUUGUGUACAGGGCUAUACAGGUUCACCACCCAAUUGUCGGCCAGAAUGUACACUUAGCUCAGACUGUCGUCUUAACCAAGCUUGUUCAAACCAAAAAUGUAUUGACCCUUGUCCGGGAGCCUGUGGUCAAUAUAGUAACUGCAUAGUUAUCAAUCACAACCCUGUUUGCACCUGUUUACCCGGUUUUUCUGGUGAUCCAUUUACACUUUGUCAGCCAAUACGUGCAGCACCUCCAGUCAAAGUAAAUCCAUGUCUUCCAUCCCCUUGCGGACCGAACUCACAGUGUAUUGAGGUUGGCGAUGAUGCAAAUUGCAAAUGUUUGCCAGAUUACAUCGGUGCACCACCGGCAUGCCGACCUGAAUGUACCAGUAAUACAGAAUGCUCUACAAAUUUGUCCUGUAUCAAUAGAAAAUGCCGUAACCCAUGUGAGGGCGCUUGUGGAAUCAAUGCUGAGUGUAGAGUAGUCAGCCAUACACCGAUGUGUAUUUGCCAAAACGGUCAUUCCGGUGAUCCAUUCAUUCAAUGCAGCAUUCAAACAGAACCAACAAUUGUAGAGCAGCUUACGCCAUGUCUACCCUCACCUUGUGGAAGCAAUGCUGAAUGUAGAGAAAGUAAUAAUGUCGGCUCUUGUGUAUGCAUUUCGGGAUACUUUGGAGACCCAUACGUGUCGUGCAAACCUGAAUGCUUAUUAAACUCUGAUUGCCCUUCAAACCAAGCAUGCAAGCAAAAUAAAUGCUUUGAUCCGUGUCCAGGAACCUGUGGUAUAAAUGCUCAAUGUUAUGUAACGAGUCACAUACCGAACUGCGUAUGUACAGAACAAUACCUUGGAGAUCCAUACAAAAUAUGUAGCUUUAGACCUCAAACGGAAUUAUCAGAACCAUGUAAUCCAUCACCUUGUGGGGCAAACAGUAAAUGCAAUUCGCGAGAUAACAUUGCUGUCUGUACGUGCUUAGCCGGAUACCAAGGAUCACCACCUAAUUGCAGACCUGAGUGCGUUUCAAAUGCAGAAUGUUCUCUCGACAAGGUGUGUGACAAUCUUAAAUGCGUAUCACCUUGUCCUAGAGGUUGCGGUCUAAACUCCGAUUGCCGAGUGAUCAAUCACAAUCCUAUAUGUUCUUGUAAGCAAGGUUACACUGGAGAUCCAUUCUCAAUUUGUUUUGUACUUAAAGUGGAACCAGUUUUAAGUUCGCCAUUAGAUCCAUGUUUAUCAUCUCCGUGUGGACCUAAUGCUGAAUGUCGUAAUUUGGGUGGCAUAGCCACUUGUUCCUGCAAAGUCGGAUUUAUCGCUAGUCCACCGAACUGUAGGCCAGAAUGUAUAAUAAACACUGAUUGUAACAGCAACGAAGCAUGUCUGAAUAUGAAAUGUCAGAACCCUUGCUUUGGAUCCUGCGGAUUACAGGCAAUCUGUAAUGUUGUGAAUCACGUGCCAGUUUGCUUAUGUCCACAAGGUUACAAAGGAGAUCCCUUUACGCAUUGCACUAUUCAAAUAGAAGAACAACUACAAGAAUUAGAUCCUUGCAAUCCUUCACCUUGUGGUCCGAACGCCGUAUGCAAUAAUGGUGAAUGUACGUGCAUAGCGGAGUACCAUGGCGACCCUUACUUUGGGUGCAGACCAGAAUGUGUUCUUAGCACUGACUGCUCUAAUGACAAGACGUGUUUGAGACAAAAAUGUGUAGAUCCGUGUCGUGACAUGUGCGGGGUAAAUGCUGACUGUAAUGUCUACAAUCAUGUUGCCGUGUGCAGUUGUCCAAUACGCAUGACCGGCGACGCCUUUACACAAUGUCUGACUAUAGAAAAACCACCUACUAGACCAUGUGAAUCGUCUCCAUGUGGACCUAACAGUAUUUGUAGAGAAUUGAAUGGACAAGCUUUGUGUGCAUGUAUACAGGGAUAUAUAGGAAAUCCACCAAAUUGCCGACCAGAGUGCAUACAAAGUACCGAUUGUCAACCAUCCUUAGCGUGUAUAAAUAUGAAGUGCCAAGAUCCUUGCCCCGGAUCGUGUGCAUCUAACGCAGAAUGCAGAGUCAUCAAUCACAAUCCUGUAUGUUCUUGUCCACCAAGAUAUACAGGUUCACCCUUUACACAUUGUUAUGUUCAACCUCAGGUAGAAGAAGUUAAAAAUCCAUGCCACCCUUCACCAUGUGGGGCAAAUAGUUUGUGCACACCAACACCAAGUGGAGAGGCAAAAUGUUCAUGCCAACCAACUUUCGAAGGCACCCCACCUAAUUGCCAACGCGAAUGUAGAAUAAGCGAUGAGUGUCCCGCAAAUAAGGCUUGUGUAAAUUACAAAUGUAUGGAUCCCUGUAUUGGGUCUUGUGGCUCCAACUCCCUUUGUAUCGUACGACUUCAUACAGCGAUGUGUUCAUGCCAAGAAGGUUACACUGGUGAUCCUUUCCUAUCAUGCUAUCAACUACAACAAACGCCUGAAGUAAUCGAUCCAUGUUAUCCCUCUCCAUGUGGAGCAAACAGUGAGUGCAAAAUAUCCCCAAGUGGAGUAGCCGCCUGUACAUGUCACAAAGAUUACUUUGGGAACCCCUAUGAAGGCUGUCGCCCUGAAUGUGUUAUUAAUGCCGACUGUCCAUAUAACAAGGCUUGCCUUAAGAACAGGUGCCAAGACCCUUGUCUAGGAGUCUGCGGUUCUACGGCAAUAUGUCAAGUUAUAAAUCAUUUACCUUCAUGUUCUUGCUCACCUGGUUAUACUGGAAAUCCAUACGCUUUUUGCCAUAUUAUCAUAAAAGAAGAACCCGUACGUAAUGAUCCAUGCAUACCAAAUCCAUGUGGAAGUAACACAGCAUGUAAAAACAAUAAUGGUUUGGUAUCUUGUUCUUGCUUACCGGAAUAUUUCGGAACUCCUCCCAACUGUAGACCUGAAUGCUCCGUAAACUCAGAGUGUUCAUCCACAAAGAGUUGUAUUCGGCAAAAAUGUGUCGACCCUUGUCAAAAUGUAUGUGGACAAAACGCCGAGUGCAGAGUUGUUAAUCAUGCACCAAUAUGUUCAUGCCGAACAGGUUACGAGGGAGAUCCAUUUAUAAGAUGCUCAAUGAUUACAAGUACGCCAUUAAUUGAAGCAAACCCAUGUACACCGUCACCUUGUGGGCCAAAUUCCCUUUGCCAGGUGCAAAAUAAAGUACCCGUAUGUAGCUGUAUUUCGAAUUAUAUUGGGUCACCACCUAAUUGUCGACCUGAGUGUACCAUUAACUCAGAUUGUCCAAGCAACAAAGCAUGCAUUAAUCAGAGAUGUAAUGAUCCAUGUGUCGGAUCAUGUGGCCUACAGACUAUUUGUAACGUACACCAACAUUCCGCUGUGUGUAGUUGCUUAGAAGGAUACACGGGUGAUCCAUUUGCUAGCUGUUACUUCCAAGAAGCUAUAGAACCUCUACCUGAAAAGUAUGACAGAUGUAAUCCCAAUCCAUGUGGCGCUAAUGCUAGGUGCGACAAUGGAGCUUGUUUAUGUCUACCUAAUUAUUUCGGAAAUCCAUACAUGAGUUGUCGCCCCGAGUGCACGGUUAACUCUGAUUGUGCAGCGGAUUUAGUCUGUGUUAAUACAAAAUGUGUUAAUCCGUGUGCCAACCUAUGUGGCCAGGGGGCAAUAUGCGAAGUUUAUAACCAUAUUGCCAUGUGUUCAUGCUCUCGAAAUACUACAGGAAACGCGUUUGUUGCCUGCACAUCAGUAGCAAUAAUUGAAGAUAUCAGAGACCCAUGCAUUCCAUCACCAUGUGGACCUAACAGCGUAUGCAGAACUAUAAACAAACAAUCUAUGUGUUCUUGUCUUGUGGGUUAUAUUGGUGCUCCUCCAUCUUGCCGACCUGAAUGUGUUGUGGACUCUGACUGCGCACCUAUGCUAUCUUGUUCUAACCAGAAAUGCGUGGAUCCUUGUAGAGGCUCUUGUGGAAUCAACGCUGAAUGCAAAAUCCAUAAUCAUAAACCAAUUUGCUACUGCCGUAACGGAUUAACUGGAGAUCCAUUUGUACAGUGUUUGUUUGUACAAAAUGAACAAACAGUACACACCACUCCAUGCGAACCGUCACCUUGUGGUCCAAACACUAUUUGUAAAGAAAUAAGUGGAACUUCGUCCUGUUCUUGCAUGAAUGGAUAUACAGGACGACCUCCAUAUUGCCGCCCAGAAUGUGUUUCGAAUAGCGACUGUAACUUUGACAAAUCCUGCAUAAAUAAGAAAUGUGUGGAUCCUUGCAAUGGAGCGUGUGGCCGCAACGCGAAUUGUCGUGUCGUGAGUCAUUCCCCACAGUGCUCGUGCCAACAGGGCUACACUGGUGAUCCAUUCAAUGAGUGUGUCCUCUCAGUGAUAUCUCAAAAGCCCUUGGAACAUUCAAGACCAUGCACGCCCAACCCAUGUGGGCCAAACGCGAUCUGCCAAGAACGAUUCAACUCGGCGAGCUGUGUGUGUAUCACUGACUACUUUGGCAAUCCUUAUGAGGGAUGCAGACCAGAGUGCCUACUGAACUCUGAUUGCUCACAGAAUCUUGCCUGUAUAAAUAAUAAAUGCACCGAUCCCUGUCCAGGAUUUUGUGGAAUUAACGCCGUCUGCCAAACUGUUAAUCACGUUCCAAAAUGCUCUUGUAUUACUGGAUAUAUUGGUAAUCCCUACGAUACAUGCAUAGUCAGAGAAGCCGUACCUAUUGAUCCAUGUUCACCGUCACCGUGUGGGCCUCAUAGUGUAUGUUUAGCGAGUAAUAAUAAAGCUAUGUGCUCAUGCUUACAAGACUAUACGGGUUAUCCACCUAACUGCAAACCUGAAUGCAUUAUGAGCUCGGAAUGUUCACUUAAUAAGGCGUGUGUAAGGCAGAAAUGUAUAGACCCAUGUAUAAAUACAUGCGGAGAAAACGCAGAGUGUCGUACACAUCACCACAGUCCAUACUGUACUUGUUUGAGUGGUUUUGAAGGUGAUCCAUUUGUGCGAUGUGUCAGAGAAAAACCUAUACCGACACACGAUCCAACACCUUGUGAGCCCAAUCCCUGUGGCCAAUAUGCUACUUGUAGAGAUGUCGGUGGUUCGGCUUUUUGUGGCUGCAAACCAGGAUAUAUGGGUACUCCACCUUCUUGCGCACCCGAAUGCACUAUUAAUCAAGAUUGCCCUAAUGAUAAAGCCUGUGUUCGUGAAAAAUGUAUGGAUCCAUGCCUAGGCUCUUGUGGAAGUAAUUCACUAUGCCGAGCUGUGAACCACCUCGCUAUCUGCAUGUGUGUUGAUGGAUAUCGAGGAGACCCAUUCGUUGGAUGUUAUGCAGUUAUAAAAGAUUCGGUCUCCCUAACACCUGUAAAUCCUUGCAUAAGGUCACCAUGUGGUAUCAACGCUGAAUGUCACAACGCCACCUGCUCUUGCAUAACGGGCUACCAAGGAAAUCCUUAUGUAGAAUGCCGACCUGAAUGUACCAUCAAUCAAGACUGUUUAAAGAACCAAGCUUGUGUAAAUUACAAAUGCAUCAACCCAUGUAAUAACGCUUGUGGUUUGGAAGCCGUGUGCAAUGUAUACAACCAUAUGGCAAUUUGUGAUUGUCCAUCACCACUUCAAGGAGAUCCAUUUAUUGCGUGUCGCCGCGUAAUAGAUCACGUGGUGUCCGAUCCAUGCACACCCAAUCCAUGUGGACCCAAUAGCAUAUGUCGUGCGGACGGGACAGUGGCUCAUUGCUCUUGCCGUCCUCCUAUGUAUGACGAGCCACCGACUUGCAGACCUGAAUGCCGAAGCCACUCUGACUGUGCACAAAAUCAGGCUUGCCGUAAUAAAAAGUGUCAGGAUCCCUGUCCCGGUGCCUGUGGAACACACGCUAUAUGUCAUACAUCAUCCCAUUCACCUAUCUGUAGUUGUCCUAUACGAUACACUGGCGAUCCGUUCAUUCGUUGUGUACCAGUGAUCCAGUCUGAACCCAAAGUACCGUCGCCAUGCCGCGAUUGCGGUCCCAAUGCGGAUUGCAUCCAAGAGUCAUGUCGCUGUCGAGAUAAUUACAUAGGAGAGCCUCCAAACUGUCGGCCCGAGUGUCUCAGCGCUGGAGACUGCGACUGGCGACUCACGUGUGUCAAUAAACGUUGCAUCGAUCCUUGUCCCGGUGCUUGUGGCUUCAACGCUCUAUGUACGCCGACAGCCCACGAACCACGUUGCGUGUGCCCUCCGAACACCUACGGAAACCCUCUGACAGAGUGCCGACCCGUCGAGAAUAUUCCUAAAGUUCCAAAUGACCCGUGCAACCCAUCACCUUGUGGCCCCGGAGCAAUUUGUCGGGCCAGAGGUAGCGGUGCAUCGUGCGAAUGUGAACCUGGCCUCAGAGGGGAUCCUUACUCAAAUUGUCGACCAGAAUGUCUUGCGGACUCUGAUUGUUCUCCUGCUCGAGCUUGUAUAAGAUCUAAAUGUCGAGACCCAUGUGAAGGCACCUGCGGAGUGGGUGCUGACUGUGAAACUGUCAAUCACAUACCACUUUGCUCAUGCCCAACGGGGACUAGAGGAAAUGCUUUUGAACGAUGUGAUAUAGUAAUAACAGCACCACCAUGCACACCAUCACCAUGUGGUCCAGGAGCGUUGUGUUCAGUUGUAAACAAUAAUGCUGUAUGCUCUUGCCCGAGUGGGACCAGCGGUGACGCUAGUUCCAUUGGCUGCAGGCCAGAAUGUGUAGUAAGCUCUGAAUGCCCACGGGAUCGCGCCUGUGUAAGAAAUAAAUGUAUAGACCCAUGUCUCGGAGCUUGCGGCAACGGGGCCAUGUGCCGCGUAUUUGACCACGCACCAAUUUGCUCCUGCCCGCCAUCGACUACUGGUGAUCCUUUCUACAACUGCGUGACGAGAGACGUGCCUACCACUUCACCUACAGUAUUCGAUCCUUGUGAUCCUAAUCCGUGUGGACCUCACGGAACAUGCCGCGAUGGUUUUUGUUCAUACCCAGAGUGUGUAGUAAACGAUGACUGUCCCGGUGAUCGCGCUUGUAUGAACCGAAAAUGUUCAGAUCCUUGUGUCGAUUCUUGCGGAAUCAACGCUAUCUGUACUGGAGUAAGACAUUCAGCUGUUUGUUCAUGUCCUGCAGGAUAUACAGGCUAUCCAUUUGUUAAGUGUGAACGUAUUACAAUUUCGACACCACCACAGCCUUUGCCAGAAUGCACUAGAGACCAAGAGUGCGCUGACAACAUGGCCUGUGUAGAUACCAGAUGUGCCCCAGUGUGCACACAGAAUAGUUGCGGACUUUAUGCUCAAUGUAUUGCAAGACAGCAUAGAGCCCAUUGUGCUUGCUUACAAGGAUUUGAAGGAGACGCUUACACUGGAUGCUAUUCUGUGCAAUGCCAUAGCAAUAAUGACUGUCCUGAUGAUGAAAGUUGUGAUAGCGGAACUUGCGUAAAAGUUUGUUCGCGAAUCCGAUGUGGAGCUGGGUCCAAAUGUGUCACUCGAGGACAUAUCGCCUCGUGCGAGUGCAAUCUUGGAGCUCGUGGUAAUCCAUGGGUAGAAUGUCGUACUGAAGAAUGUGUCAUCGAUGACGACUGCCCAUCUUGGUUAGCCUGCAGAGGAAAUGUUUGUAAAGAUCCAUGCCCAGGAAGCUGUGCUGAAAACGCUCAAUGUUCAGUUGUUAGACACGUACCGGUCUGUGAAUGCUUACGAGGUACUAAUGGCAAUCCCAAAAUAAAUUGCCAACCCGUUCUUGAGGAAAUCGAAUGUUCCAACGAUGCAGAAUGUGGGCCAAAUCUAGCUUGCCUACAAGGAAGAUGUAAGAAUCCCUGUGACUCCACAUCCUGUGGUGUGCGAGCGGAAUGUCGCGUUGCAAAUACUCUACCAUUCCGAACAUUAGUUUGUGAAUGUCCUAAACCUUUGAGUGGUGAUGCUUCUGUACAAUGUAAUCCGAAAGGUGAAUGUAGCGAAGACAAUGAUUGCGGAGAGGAAGAACGGUGCCUUCAAGGCCGUUGUGCUUUAGCAUGCGAUUCGCAGUUAUGUGGUGCAGGCGCGGAAUGUCGUGCUGUCGCGCACCGAGCUUCUUGCUCUUGUGUACCACCACUGCAAGGAGAUCCAAAUGUUGCUUGCACGCCAGGCGUAGUCGGAAGUAUGUGUCUCUCAGACACGGAAUGUGGUGCGGCAGAGGCAUGCGUGUCUCGGCGCUGCGUGUCCGCGUGCGCUGGCGCGUGUGGUGCCGGAGCACUCUGCGAACCCGACAGACACAGAGCGCGUUGCCGCUGCCCACCUGGCACUGCAGGCGACCCAGCACGUACCUGCUAUACACCCGAAUGUACCGUCGAUGAAAACUGUCCUUUCGAUAAGUCCUGUAUCAAUGGGUACUGUCAAGACCCAUGUGCCCUAGAAACACCUUGCGGACGUAACGCAGUUUGUGACGUCAUCGCCCAUGCAGCAACAUGUCGAUGCCCCGCGGGAACGCAGGGUGAUCCCCGACGUGCGUGCGUCGCAGCUGCUUGCCAAUACAAUGAAGAUUGUGAUCUCACUAAAGCAUGUGAUAGACUGAACCGCGUUUGCCAGCCCGUUUGUUCCGAAUAUGCUUGCGCGCCUGGUGCUAUAUGUACCCCGAGCGCCCACCGAGCGAUCUGUACCUGUCCUCCAGACAGAUCGGGUGACCCCUACUUACGCGGAUGUGUAACAGUUGAAAAAACUGAAGAAUGCUCAGUAGAUUCAGACUGCCCUGCGCCUUUCGCCUGCGUCAAUUCGCGUUGCAUCGAUCUCUGCCGUGAUAACCCGUGCGAAUCGGGAUUGCUAUGUAAAACCGUUGACAUAUUACCAUUGCGAGCGGUCGCUUGCGUGUGUGCGGAUGGUGGGAGAACGGCGCCAGACACAGGCUGCCGAGCGCCACCACAAGGAAAAUGUUCCUCGGACAACGACUGUGCCAACAGCCAAAUAUGUCGCCGCGGCAGCUGUGUGGACGCGUGCAAAGCAGCAGCUUGCGGACAAAACGCCCUCUGUGAGGCGAUCGACCAUGUGGCGCGUUGUAGCUGUCCACCAGGAUAUUUGGGAAAUCCAAGAAUUGAAUGUAACACAGAACCAAGACAGCCUGCAAUUUGGGAAUGCUACAGCGACAAGGAAUGUGGGGAGGAUCGUGCAUGCGUUGAGCGUGUGUGCGUGAACCCCUGUGUGGGCGCAUGUGGGCCUGCCGCGCUCUGCCGCGUCUUGGAAAGGCAACCUGUGUGCUCCUGUCCCAUUGGUUACACUGGCGACGCCCGCGUACGCUGUACUCCACCGUCUCAAGAUUCUGUUAUACCAGUUGGUUGUAAAGCAAAUUCUGACUGUCCACUGUCUCAAGCUUGUAUAAACAGCGCAUGUGCUAAUCCUUGCGCUUGCGGCACCAAUGCCGAAUGUACCGUUGUACGCCAUCAUCCGGUUUGCUUCUGUCAAAAUGGUUACUCUGGCAACCCCUACACUGAUUGUAUUAAAGUAAGCUGUACAGCUGACCGAGAUUGUCCCGACAGUGACAUAUGUUACAACGGAGCCUGUAUCAAUCCUUGUAUAGUAGAAUCACCGUGCGCUAUAAGUGCGGAAUGUUAUGGCAAAUCUCAUAGAUCUAACUGUCGCUGUCCUCUUGGGACACACGGAAAUCCAUUGUCCAGGUGUCACGCAUCGGAAUGUGAAGCGGAAUCUGACUGUAAUGAUGAUAGUGUUUGCGUCCGUGGAGUAUGUCAGAACGCCUGCUCUGUCGCUGGCCUGAAUCCUUGUGCUUCCAACGCCGAGUGCUUCGCGAAAAACCACGCCGCGUCUUGUAAAUGUCCCCCAACACUUCCACUUGGCGAUCCCUUGACUCAAUGUGAAAGAGUUCCGGUUACUGGACAGCCUGAAUGUCAAAUGGACGGAGACUGCCCCAGCAGACAGGCGUGCCUUAGAGAUACUUGUCGAGAUGCUUGUGCUGAGCUAACACCUUGCACUGGUAACUCACGCUGUUCCGUUUCGGAUAGUAUACCGUUCCGUACGUUAAUAUGCAGAUGUCCAGAAGGCUACGUGCCUAACGUAAAAGGAGCUUGCGAUCCGCUCCAAUUACCACCACUUAGUUGUUCAGCGGAUACUGAUUGUAGUGACCAAGAAUCAUGUGUUAAUAGGAUAUGUCGAAACCCAUGCAAUUGCGGCGACAACGCCGAAUGCUUCAUUAAAAAUCAUAGACCUGUCUGCUCCUGUCGAGAUGGAUAUGAUGGCAACCCUUACAGUUCUUGUCGUAUAGUCGGCUGUAGGACGAAUACAGAAUGUCCAUCGGACGAGGCUUGUGUCAACGGUAAUUGUGUCAGUCCUUGCUUACUAAAUAACACGUGCGGAUUUAACGCUGAAUGUUACGUAGAAAGAAAUCAUCCGCUAUGUCGGUGCAGGACAGGUUUUGAAGGUGACGCAUACACAAAUUGUAACCCGAUUGAGUGCAGAUCAAAUGGAGACUGCCCGAGAGAUAAAUUAUGUCGAGGACACAAAUGUAUCAACCCUUGCCUCUCCGAUAACAAUUGUGGACGAAACGCAAUAUGCCUUGUACGUAAUCAUCUACCGGUUUGUAAAUGUGAAUUUGGAUAUAAUGGAAGCCCCUAUGUCGAAUGUCAGCCGGAAAUCACCACUGAAUGUACCGUGGACGCAGACUGUCCUUCCAAGAUGGCUUGCUUAUCAGCAAAAUGUGUCAACCCAUGUACUGCUUUACGACCUUGUGCGACACCAGCGCAAUGUGAAGUUCUUGCUACGCUACCAGUGCGAACAAUGUUAUGCUCAUGUCCACCUGGAUAUGUGAGUGGCGGCGGAGGUGUAUGUCGUCCAGCCACCACAAUAAACGACGUCGCUUGCGAAAUCGAUAACGAUUGUACUUCUAACCACGCUUGCGUAACAUCUGUUUGCAAAAAUCCAUGUGAUUGUGGACCUAAUACUGACUGCCAAAUACGAGAUCACAAGCCGGUUUGUGCCUGUCGACCUGGAUUUCUAGGGGAUCCUCAUACCGGUUGCUACUCAGUAACGUGUAGAGCUGAUAGUCAGUGUAGCGACGAUGAAUCAUGUAUCAACAAUCAAUGCGUACCAGCCUGCUCCGCUGAGCCCGAUCUUUGCGGAGACUCUGCCGAGUGCUACGGAGAACAACACAGAGCUUUCUGCCGAUGCCAAAUGGGAACAACUGGCAACCCUAACCUCGCUUGUACUCCUAUCAGUUGUCGAGCAAACUCGGAAUGUCCUUCUGAAAAAUCGUGUGUCAACAACAAAUGCGUAGAACCUUGUACAGUAUCCGCUUGUAAUGAGCCGGCAGAAUGCAGAGUUCACUUACAUGAAGUGUACUGUGUCUGCCCACCGGGUUACCAGAGCACCAAAGAUGGUUGCAAUAAGACUGAAGAAUUGUGUACUUCGGACAUUGAAUGUUCACCCGGAACCGCUUGUCUUAAUAGCAGAUGUGUUAACCCUUGUGUGGAAAUAGAGCCUUGUGGCAGAAACACUAAAUGUCUAGUCACAGAUACGAAUCCCGUUAGGACCAUGAUAUGUGAAUGUGAACAAGGAUACAAAGGAAACGCGUUGCUCGAAUGUAUACCGUACAAACCACCAAUAACAAAAUGCAUUGAUGGACAGGGAGUAAACGAAUUUGGCGAAUGUGAGCCUUGUCUUGAAACAGAUGGCAAAAUAGUGGACGCACGUGGUCGGUGUGUAUGUGAUGUAGAGCGGGGUUUUACCUCUAAAGGUGAUAGCUGUGUCGCUAUAGGCUGCCGUGUUGACGAACAAUGUGAUGAUGAUGCAAAAUGCAUGAAUGGAAAAUGUGUGCCAGUAUGUGAAGCUGAACCCUGCGGCCUAUUCGCCACUUGUACCGGAGUAAGUCAUCGCUCGCGAUGCACCUGCAUAACAGGCUACGUCGGUAAUCCGAAAGUAGCAUGUAAUGCAACAACACCAAACAUUACGUAUAGAACUGACUUCCCACUACCGGAUAUGCAGGUGCACUGUUUAGCUGAUGGAGUACGAGUGAGCCUAAAGAUAAAGGACUUCAAUGGUGUACUCUACGUAAAAGGCUAUAGUAAAGACGAGCGCUGUCGCCUCAUAGUACACACAGCAGAAAACCAGGAAAGCCCUGUUGACUUUACGGUCCACUUUGGCGAUUGUGGUUUAGUUCAUGUUAAUGGUCUAGCAAGCUUUGUGCUGGUAAUGCAGAAACAUCCUAAGCUUGUGACGUCAAACGCUAAGGCGUUCCACAUCAAGUGCAUAUACCAGACGGGCGAACAAAACGUGACAUUAGCUUUCAAUGUGUCAAUGUUAACAACUGCGGGAACUAUAGCGAAUACAGGCCCGCCGCCUACUUGCUCUAUGAGAAUCGUUUCUCGUACAGGAGAUGAGGUUAGCUCUGCCGAAAUUGGGGAGAACCUGGUACUGCAAGUAGAUGUCCAACCAUCAAGUAUAUAUGGCGGCUUUGCCCGAAGCUGUGUAGCAAAGACAAGUGAAGUAGCGACGAACAUAGAAAAUGAAUACACUGUGACUGAUGCGGACGGUUGCGCGACGGACGCCGCCAUCUUUGGAGAAUGGGAGAGAAGCGAGGAUGGCACCGCUUUGCGAGCUGCCUUCAACGCUUUCAAAUUCCCAAGCAGUGAUAAUAUACGAUUCCAAUGUAAUAUACGUGUCUGUUUUGGAAAAUGCCAACCGGUGAACUGCCGGGGUAACGACGCUUUCGGCAAGCGCAAAAAGCGUGACGUAAUCGAUGACAAUGCGUUAUCCGGACGUCUACGCGAGGAGGUGACCGUGGAGUCGAAUCAGAUCUUGACGCUGGAGCGGCGCGAUCCAUCUCGCGCGGCCCGACAACGCGACGCAUCAGACGGUCCCACCGGCAACGCCGCCGCCGAGGUGUGCGUGUCGGCAGCCGGGCUGGCGGUGGCGUUAGCGCUGACGGCCUUGCUUGCGCUAGUGGCCGUGGCGGCGGCGGUAGCGUGCUGGCUGGUGGCGUGGCGCCGCGCCCGACCGCCCCCUGCACCUCUGCCCCACCCCCCCGACUUCCCUAACCCCCUCUUUCAGCGCUAAGUGUAUAUAGAGCCUCUACUAUAUUAAGUGAGCAUUAUUAAUGAACUAAUCUAUCGAACUAGUCGUGCCCCGCUCCUCCGUCGGCGCCGGGCGGUGUCGGUCUUUUUCUAGUACUUCGUGCCGCCGGAGGACCGCCGGGUGAGGACGCGACGGGCGCCCCUCGCUUGCGCCCGCUACGUCCUACCUUUUUUACUUUGUGUUGACGUCGCCUCCUUCGAACGUUGUGAUAUUAUAUAAAUCGAAUCAACGUAAUGUUGUGUAUAUUAAUUAUCGAAUUAGUUUAUAAGCAAUUAAUAAAA